GUGCUUGUUUUCCCAGCCUCGAGUCUUCGGGCUUUGUCGUUUACCUCCGUAGCUAGUUGUUGCUCGUCUGAGAGGUCUGAACGAUGAUUGACAAUAAUGGCGACGCGUUUAUUCUGAGUUGACUCCAGGGAACCAUCUCUGGCUGCCAAAGGAAACAUUUUGGAUUAAAUUUCAGCCCGCCAGACAAAAACUACAAGGAUUAUCUACCGCCAAAAGGACUACAUUUACCUCCGCGAGAAGCACUUGCUGGUCGGGAGAGGUUUAUCAAGCUAGCAUUGCGAUAGCUAGCCACUCGGCUCGUUAGCUUGCUAAGUUGAAGAGGUGGCAUUCUUGUGUGUGGAGUGGAGGAGAGGGGCAACCAGCUUGCAGAGAACUGAGAUUUGUCUGGGCUAGCAAUGUCCCCGCUUACAAGAUUUGGGAGUAACUAGUUUUUCUCCUCGGAAACGCUUAGGAGGCUCUGGUUUGCAGUCGACGUUAGCUUGUAGGAAUAGUUUUGUGAGGGUCCAGAAGCCUCCUUGAAUAGCUUACUCAGCUAGCAGGCUAGGUUUGAGGACUGUUCGUUUCUUUCCUGUUAGGACUUGCUUGCUCCUUUGCACCUGGAAACUGUUCACCAGUUCUUACCUUUAGCUGGCUAGCAACGACUGGCAGCUCGCUUACUAUAUACCCCGCAUUUUUUGGAGUAUAUCGUGAGACCAGCUCUUAAAUGACCACCGGCAGGAAUAACCGAGCGAUGAUGGAAGGAGUUGGAGCCAGAGUGGUCCGCGGACCUGACUGGAAGUGGGGGAAGCAGGAUGGUGGAGAGGGACAUGUUGGCACCGUGAGGAGUUUUGAAAGUCCAGAGGAGGUGGUUGUUGUCUGGGAUAACGGGACAGCCGCGAACUACCGCUGCUCAGGAGCGUACGAUGUGAGGAUACUGGACAGUGCUCCAACAGGUAACUUUGCCUUAGCUGGAUCUAUCUAUUUCAUCAAAUCAUUCACUUCCUAUACAAGAAAGCUUCAGUGUCUUCACUUUUAGAGCAAAUAAUGGCCAUUUUCUUGGGCUUUGGAGAAUGCAAGCACAACCAGAUCAUUAAAAGUUACUUGUUGCUGUUCUGCAAAGGAGUAAAAUAGUUGCACUUCUUGUUUUGUUGUAAUUUUAGACAGACAUCUUAUGCUCCACUGCUAGUGCUUGACUGAGUCUUUGAUCACAUGUUUUCACAGAUGCUUAUCACAGACAGUUUUGUGCAAGAUAUGCAAAACAGCUGGAUGUGACUUACAAGAUAUGCGAGACCACAUUUAAGAUAGUAUUCACAUACCAAGAAGUGACUGCAUCUUGUACAUCAAAAGGAAACUACUUCUUUGUAUAGCAAUGGUUCUCAACUGGUGGGUCCCGACCCAAAAGUGGGUCACGAUCUGGAUAGGUCACGAAAGUAAAUAGUUAAUGCGAUUUUUAUUAGAUGUUUGAUUUACUCUGCACACGCAACUUCAGUAGUUGCCGUCCUCAUGUUGUCCCCUUCAUGUGCUCUGAAAUGCACUUUACUCAAUUAAACAAGUGGAUUUAUGUUAAAGAUUAGAGUCUUUUAAAGUUGUUGUUUUUUUAAUACAAAAAUUAGUUUGCUUGGUUUGAAUUCUAUAAAAGUGGGUCGUGACUGGAAAAAUGUGGGUCCCAGAGUGAGACCAGUUGAGAACCACUGCUGUAUAGGAUGUGCUGUGUAGUGUUUGUGUAUGCACAGACAUAAAUAUGUUAUGACCAAGUAAACACUAUUGAGCUUCAUCUCUCUUCACUUGUUGCUGCAUUGCAUGCCAGUACAGUUACACUUCAUGGUAUGUGUUCCACCUGCUCAGUUUACCUCUAUCUGAUGGUGCAGUUGACUCUUUGUUGUAGGUGAAGAUGGUGAUAAGGUGGUGUCUUCAUGAUUAAGCGGAGGGUUUUGUGGUCAAGCAAGUUCGUAAAUGUAAACAAAUAUAUCAGGUUGUAUAUGGACAUGCCCCAACAGCAUAUUUAGGGUCAAAAAUAAAAAAAAGUUGCAGCAAUACACAAUACACUAAAACACACAAUACAGUCAUAAUUUAUUAAUGCUGACAAAACUGCCCCCUCAGGCAUCAAGCAUGAUGGAACCAUGUGUGACACCUGCCGUCAACAACCCAUCAUCGGCAUCCGCUGGAAAUGUGCUGAGUGCACCAAUUAUGACCUCUGCACAACUUGUUACCAUGGAGACAAACAUCACCUGAGACAUCGGUUCUACAGAAUCACCACCCCGGGCAGCGAGAGGUUAGUACAGCCUUUACCUUUACCAUCAUUAUGCCAUAACUCGUACCUACCCCGUGUGUGUGUGUGUGUGUGUGUGUGUGUGUGUGUGUGUGCACGCUUCAGCAUAGACACAGGGUAGCCAGGCAAUCCCUGCUCUUCUUGAUUGUGAUUGGUAAGCCUACCCUUUCACUCCCUUAGUUUGGCUUCAGGUUGCUUUACGUGUAUGUGACAUUUGAGAAGUCUGUUGUGCACCCUGCCUCACAGGCAGACAGAAUCUAUCUCCAUGCACCCAGCCCUCAGUUGCCAGGCAACAACUCAGCCUUGUUAAAAGAUUCUUUCUGACGUUUUUCAAAAUGAUAUUGAUGCAGUGCUUCCUGUUUAUGAAAUUUCAUGAAGCGGUUAAAGUACAUUAAAAGCAGCUUUUUUAAAGAGUAGACCGGAUAAAGGUUUAUUCACUGUCCUGCAAGUUAAUUAGUGUGUAAUAAUAAUAAUAAUAAGAGUAAGAAUAAACACUAUGGACAGAAACAAGCUGUUUUUACUUCAUGUACUUGCAGCAGAAUGCAACAGCCGUCCCCUGAUCUUGAUAGUGCUUCACUUUUCGCCAUAUGUCUGCCACUCAACUACAUAACACUUAGGAAACCUCACUGUGUAUCCUUUUGCUCUUCCAUAGUUGAUGUAAAGCUAUCACCAGUAUAAACAUAUUGCACUUAUUGUGCCAUGUAACCUACACAAACAGAUUUAAGAUCAAAUGUGUGUUACAUUAAAGACAGCGAGGCAACUCUCUGAAGUGUCAACCUUGUUAGAAAGUUGAGCAAAUAUUUUCUUCAUUUCGGGAACUAAAAGUUAACAAAAAAAAUUAACUUAAGCUCAAUUCAGGAAAUCCGAUUCAGAGGUUUUAACAUCACAGAGGGUGUGAAAACACUGGCCUGGAAACAUAACAAGGCGUUUGAACACAUUACAACUAAGCUUACAUGAGGUUGUGUUUGGGUGUGUGUUUGUAUCUACAAGGAGGCGUAAUCGAUGUGUAUCUACCCUCAGGUUAGUAAAAAUUACCUGAAGUCGCAGAAGGGAAACAAUGUUUAAGGUGUGGUGUGUGGGGGCUAGAAAAGUGGUUAUAUCAACUAAUUCAUGUACAGACAGGAAGCUUGUUGAAGGCAGCUGUACUCUGUGCAUUCAUGGAUGUUCAACGCAGAGAUUAAUGUGACUCAUUUGUUUUAGGAAUUUCUUGACGUCAAACCAAUCCCGGAUUUAAUUUUCGGACAUUAAGUGUGUUUUUUUUUAAAUCUUUUAGUGAGUGUGCACGCUCGCUUACACUUGAACCUGUUAUCACAUAGACUGCCAGUGCUGUGAUGAUGUCCCAUCCAUUUUCAGGCCUGUUGCAGCCAAACACAAUAGUUUAGUAAAUGAACACAUGGCCCAACAGCUGGCAGCCUUUUCAACUGGGUACAACUUCAUUUCCCCUGAGACAGACAUUGCAUAAUUGAACAAUAGGUGCUGGAGAUCGCCCCAAUUCACAAUGCUCCGACAGCGAGGUGGAGUGUUUUGUUACACCACAUUAGAUUCUGUCACUAACUGCCGAAGAGGGAGUGGUUAGAGGCCCCAAGCUGUUUGUAUUGGUUAGAUCUACACUGUCCAGCUGCCGUGUCUAGCACCAGGUCUCACACUUUUGCGAGAUGGUUUGAAGCUGUGCUGGAUGUUUUAUUAGCUGUUUGUGCUUUUUUUGUUAAAAUUAUAGCUAACUGGAAUUGAGACUUCAGGUUUCUUCAUCAUGGUGGUGCCAGAUUUUAUUUAAAAAAAAGGCAUUUGCCUAUUUAAGUACUGGUUUGAAAGUCACAUUUGCAGUGCCGUGAUUGGUGGGUAUGAAUGAAAAGGAAGGUGGUUGUCAGUGAAGUGUGACGGUCCUGUUCUUACACAAUAACCUUGUCAUUUGAAAUGUUACGACUUGACACCAACUUUUCAAUGAUACACAUUUCCUUAAAUUUGAUUUUAAAAAUACCUGCAUUUAAAAGACUUACUCGAAAUAAACUUGUUGUUUCAAAUUAACAACAAAGAUCAGAGGUGACCUGUUGCUCACCCGUGUGGCAAGUUUUUCAGCGUCUGUUUGUUUCCCUGUCCUCGAACAUCAGUUUGCUGAAGCAGAGACAGUCGUGGUUGUCGGGCUGAAUGAUAAAGCACUAGAUUAGAUGCUGUUUAAGCCCAAUACAUACAGUGACAUUUUUCAUCUGUAGUGUCGUCUCAGUCUCAUUUGCUGAAAGUAAUUUACGCACCAACUUAAGCAGAGUCAGCAUCAAGAGAAGGCCAGGAAAGGACACCAAGUAGCAUCCCCUCUGCAGUGCAUGUUUGAUAACAGUAGAAUAAAACUGUUACUUGAUUCUUGUCAUCAGAAACCUUUUUAUGGUUUGGUUUGGAUUAAUCUGACUUUGAUUAAAGUUUUGGCCUUGAACUGAAAUAACUGUGUUUUGUUUUUAAACUUUUUUAUCCGAGCAGAGUUCUUUUGGAGUCCCGUCGGAAGUCGAAGAAAAUCACAGCCAGAGGGAUCUUUACUGGUGGCAGGGUGGUGAGAGGAGUGGACUGGCAGUGGGAAGACCAAGAUGGAGGCAAUGGAAGGAGAGGAAAGGUAGGGUAAAAGCCUGCAGACUUCACUCCAAUCCUUCUUUACACCUUAAAGUUAGCCGUUCAGCCUGGAAGACAACAGUUGGUUACUCUGAGGUGCAAACCAAAAUAAGUCCUGCAGUUGGUCAUCCACAAAAAAAAGUUGCUUGAAAAGAUAGUUCUGGUCCUACUUUCUCUUCCUGUUUCUUUUUCAAUAGAAAGAAGUGAAAGAAUUUUUCAGUGAAUUCUUUUUAAUUACGCUGGUGAUGUUGUUCGGUGUGCACAGAUACUGGUUCAUUUUUUCCCCCUGCUACUUGACAAAGUUACAAAAAUGACUAUAAACUUGCCCCUUUAUUUUAUUGCAAAGCUGCAAAAUUAAGUGGAUAAUAAAUCCCUUGAGGUGAGACAGGCUUUAUGAGCUUGCUGGGGGCUAUCAUGAUAAAAUGUGUGCCGCUGAAAUAAGCACCUGUGUGAUGGUCGCAUAAAAAACAAAAUCAAGAAUCUUUAGGGAGGAAAAAACAAACUUGCAUCCAGGAUAUGAGUUAAUCUAAAAUGUGCAGCGGCCUCAAUCAAAACAGGAAAGACUCUGCCUGUACCAACAUGUUAUUAGCAUGGACAUACUGUACUGCAGGCAUGUGGGAACACAAACAGUCCAGACCUAUGGAGCCUAGCUAGCUGAGCACAGUUAAACUGCAGUUUAGAUUUAAUGCCAUCUUGACGUAUACACAGAGAACAACACCUCAGUUGUGAAUCUUUUGACUUCAUAGAUGUAACAUGACUUACCUGUAGCAUAAGCAUAAGAUUUUCCCUGUUGUCUGACCUGAGCAGCCAUAUGAAGCAGAUGUAAUCAGAUGUAGAUGUGGUUUGUUAUUUAGGUACCGAUACAGAGUUCACUAGGAAACCUUUAUUCUCUGCUUUCAUUCUGCUGAUUCCUUUGUAUCUUCACAGAGGCUAUAAACUUCCUUCCUUCCUUGCUGCAGGUUGUACCCGGUAUAAAUACAUCAUUAGAAAGUAAUACAAUGUCUGAUGAGGUUGCAUUUGUUUAGCACAGUCUAUUUAGAUUUAUGCUGUAAAUGUGCUGUAAAGUGCUUGUAUUUUGACUCUGGUCCAGACCCCAGAGUAUUCAAUUUAAGAGUCCCUCGCGGCAAUUUAAGACUUCAUUUUGCUGUGUUAUUUAAUGGCAUAUCUCAUUACUGUUUUAUGAUGCUGUAAGCAAUAUGCUCUCCAGAAAACUGCUAUUGCAUGUCCUGCAGCUUAGAUGUUCCAUUAGUUUAGCAUGAAUAUUACCUCCUAAGGCCCAUUUAUCAAUUACCUCUGUAAAGGGCCUGGAAAUAAUUUAACGAUCUGAUUUCUGUAUUUACUUAAGGCAAAGCGUUUAAUUAAAGAAUUCAUUUACUCCAAUGCUGCUCUUCUCUUGACACUCUUCAGUUUGAUGGAAACGUUGCAGCGCUGCUAGUCUCAAGUGAAAACUCUAAACUUAACGUCCAAAUUUGAAUUGAUUUUCAGUCCCCCCGUCGUAACUCGCUGCAUAUUUAUGCACACAACAAAUAAUAUUCCACGGCUUAGAGGCUUUUCAAACUUUAUUAGCCUAAAUCUACUGGCCAGCUCAGACCACAAAAGUUAGGGAAAGCUUUAGAUAUAGUGUGAUAUGAAAACCACAGAGAGAAAAAUGGGUGAUCUUGAUUUUGGACCAGCAGGUGAAGCACACUGGGGGGUUCAGUGGAACAGAUGCUUAGGUCAUGAAUUAAAUUUUCAGUCCUUUUCUUUUACAAAUUGACCAUUAUUCAUUUAGAUAACUGAUUUAGAAGUAUUUUUAGAAUUAAAGGGUUAGUGACAUUUUUAAAGCAGCUUGGAUGUUUAAAAGAAUCAGAGGUGGUUCGCAGGUGUCUUAUAUAAGUGAAUAUCUACAGUAGGGCCCGACCAAUACGGAUUUUUUGGGGCGGAUGCCGAUGCUGAUACCAAUUAUCAGGGGGGGUCCGAUUACCGAUUCGUCAGACGAUUUUUUUUUUUUUAAUUAUGAAGUUAAAAAAAAUGUAUAUAUAAAUAUAUAUAUAUAUAUAUAUAUAUAUAUAUAUAUAUAUUAGAUAUACUGUAGGCUACUGCUCUUCACGCCGACAGGAAGACCGACUGAUCAAACUCGGACCAGAAAAGCGUUGCCAACUAACCCCCUGCCGAUUGGUACCUCCACGUCUUAACUCACGUUGCAUUUCCAGUCCGGUCUCAUCUGGAGACAUGCAGCUGCCUCAGUAAGAGAAGUAGCUCCAUCAUGUAAUGUGUACUGUUGUUUAUUCUAUACCGUUACUGGCACGGCUAACAGUGUAGCAAGGCUAAUAGCAGAUGGCUAACUCUAACUUUAGCUUGCACAUUACAUGGUGCUUCACUGUUAACUUGCCGUGACCGAGACCAGCACAGCGGGGAACAUCGUGAAGUGGGUUGAACUGAAACUUGUUGACUUAUUGUGUAUUUCACAAACUGGUUUAUUUACCGUUGAGGCGGACCACUCUCCUCCGUGCGUCUCUGAGCUGCCUGCUUCAGAUCCGUCACUCUGCUGGGCUGUGAGGUUGUCGUGAGGUCACUGCGCCAUCUUCAGGAUAAGACGGGGAACUUUUCAAAUGGCGGAACAUUUUCGAAGUGAAACCGAAUCUUAUUCUCCGCAUUUUAUUUCUGAAAAUAUCGGCGGAAAUCAGCGAGUUUUGGCUGAUUACCGAUUACUCUCAAACGGGCUAAAAUUGGCCGAUUUAAUCAGCUCGCCAAUAAAUCGGUCGGGCCCUAUUAUUCAUUUAGAUUACUGAUUUAAAUUGUUUUAAUAACUAAAGAGUUAGCGACAUUUCUAAAGUAUCUUUGGAUGUUUAAAAGAAUCAGAAGCGGUUUGAAGGUGUCUUAUAUAAAUGAAUAUCUACAGCAGUGAUUUCCUGUUCUGUGAAAACAGUGGAAGUUUCCAAGUGUUGUUACAGCAUCAGUUUGAGAUAUGCUUUGAAGUGGUGUGAUGAUAAAUGUUUUUAUUACUAGCUUUUGGCAUUCUGUUCAACCACGACCAGAGUUUGUUUACAGCUCUUGAUUAUGCUUCAGAAAGCUCAUAAAUAAAGCAUCCAAGGAAAUGAAUGCAGGGGACCUUCCUUGUAUGUACAUAUUUGGAUUCCCAGACUCUGAUUUUGAGUUAACUACUCAUUAGCAGAAAAAAGGAUCCCAUCUACUUGCCAUUAAAUGAGGUAUAAUGUUGAAAGUUAGUCGAUCUGAAUUUCAAAGUUCUCACAGGCCCCGUCCGCUGACUCAGGUCAGACUGUGCACCACUGGCCUUUUUCUUUUUGGUGUUGUUUUUUUUUUUGUCUGAGAUAACAACACAGUAAUGGUUACAGAAAUUUAAUUAAAAGAUUCUUUGAGAUUACACAACAAUCCUCCAAUGAUUUUAAAGAGGGUAACAUUUGAGGUUUUAGUAUUGACUUUAGGAUUGCAAACCGGAGAGAAUUAAAACAAAUUUUAAUUGUGAUCCAGAGAAUGAAAACUGCAGUCUCAUCUGUUCUUGAUGAGUUUUUUCUGAAGUAAGGAAUUUGAUUUAUUUUCAUAGAUAAAAAUUGGUUGCUUUUUUGCUUCGUAACAACUUCCUUUAUUUGUCAACAACUUUUUGCAUCCAUCAAAUGCACAACCACUCGUAAUGUCAGAAAAAUUGCACAUGGUAGAAUUACUGAAAGUCAUGGCAGACAUCAUGCUUUUCGUAUAUCUUCUCUGUUUUCCUCAUCAUGCUCUUCCUCCUCCUCCUCAGGUGACAGAGAUCCAGGACUGGAGUGCAGCCAGCCCUCACAGCGCUGCCUACGUUCUGUGGGACAAUGGGGCCAAGAACCUGUACAGAGUUGGCUUUGAGGGGAUGGUGAGCGAACUUCCAGCCUGACCCUCACGCUCAGACCCUCCCUCACACACAAACGCACACACCGAGUCUCACAAAAGAUCAGCUGUCCGAUGGCUUUUGUGUCUGACCGCGGGGCCGAGACUCUUUCUUUAGCUGCCAGGCCUUUGUGGGAGCCACGCAGCCAGCAUGAGUAAGGCACUAUUGUAAAGGCAGCUGGAAGGGGAAGGUAUCUGCAUGAUAAAGGCAAGCUGUUCUUUCUGCUUCUUCGGGGGAGAGAGUGAACAUGGAGGUCAACUUUAGAGGAGGGGGACAUUCUCUUAGGCUUGUGGCAGGGGCCGCUAUACACGCGUCUCAAAUGAAAACGCUUCCUCCCCAUUGGUGGAGACUGCCCUUGCCUUCUAUGAAAGGAGCCAAUCAGGUUUUCUGGGUUUCCUAACAGAUUCGCCCUUUGUCAUACCAAGAGGGUAAUGUUAUGUAGAUGCCAUUCGCCUCUAGAUUAAGUAAAUCAUGGCUGAGACCACCUAUCUUGACUGGUUUAUUUCUGCUGUCUUUUAUUUAGACCGUGAUCAAAUCCUCCAAACGACAGAUGAGUUAUUCGAAUGCAGCAUGAGGGGACGACACCUUUCCCUGUAUAGUAGUGUCUGCUUUUUGCUCCUAGAGAAAUUAAAUCAUAAGUUUUCUCUUGCCUGGAUAUAGGAGCGCAGACCCGGGUUAUUAAUUUGUUUAGACUUGUUGUAGUCAGGACUUAAGUGCUCCAUCAGUUCUCAGGAAUGUUUGCUCUGCCUCGCGAUCAUCACUGCCCUCUAACUCUGCCACAGUAGCUGCACAUCUGAGUCAUCACAAAUGAUACAAAGCUCCCUCUCUGUAGCAAUGUAGUCUUUCAUUGUCCUGCCUCAGCCUCAGGGUGCAGAUAUUGAAGGGAACUACACUGACGCUACAGCUUAGAGUGUGUACACUCUCAGUUUCAUUAUUCAUGAUCAUUGUUCUCCUCCACUAAUGAAAUUACCCUUGGUAAUUAUCUAACCACUUCCCUCUUGUCUCUCUCAGUCGGAUCUGAAAUGUGUCCAGGAUGCCAAAGGAGGCUCUUUUUACAGAGACCACUGUCCUGUUUUAGGUAAGUAAGCCGCUGAUCUGUGUCCACCGUCAUUAUUGCACCAAUUCUUUCACCUAUCGUUCUGGUGCAGUGAAUUCAAGGGCAUUAGGGGAAUUUAACUUGCAGUUAGUUCAGCUCAGCCACUAGAUGGCAGCACCACAUAGUCACUUGGCUCCCCAACUGGGUACAGAGUCAGGUCAUGCAGUUACAGUAGUCCAGUACAUUACAGUAUUUAUUCUCCUGUUUCUUUUUUAAUGAAAAUCAUUUUUUGAACACCCUUUAAGUGUUAUUUUUAAUUAAUUUAAAUGACCUUUAUACACGUGUAAAUAAAGUUUUAAUGAGUGAAACCUCAAUUUAAAUAAGUUUCCCUGUUUUUUUCCCUAGGUGAACAAAAUGGCAACAGAAAUCCCGGUGGUCUUCAGAUUGGAGAUCUGGUCAACAUUGACCUAGACCUUGAAAUCGUUCAGUCCCUACAACACGGCCACGGCGGGUGGACUGACGGCAUGUUCGAGACGCUUACCACCACCGGCACAGUUUGCGGUAUUGACGAGGAUCACGAUAUUGUCGUUCAGUACCCCAGUGGGAACAGGUGAGCUCUAAAAUGUGCUGGCUCAGAACUGUUGGCUCACAAUGAAUCAGCAAAGCCUCCAUAUAUUGAGUCUUUUUUAUCGCCCUUUUCACCUCAGUUUUACCCCAAACCACCACAAAUUUCUUUUUAUAACAUCACUGUAAAAUAUAUUUACGGCUUGUUAAACGUAUGAAUCGAGAGCUUUUUGAAAUCUGUGGUCAGUUUGUAGUAAAGAUGUAUAAAGAAUUGGAGCCUCUAAAAAUCAAACCUUUGUAAUUGUCCAUCUUAACUGUGAAUUAUCAGUCCGCUGUUAGUAUUCAGAAACUUAUCCUCACCAUUCAUAUGUGCACAGUUGAAAUAACUGCCGUAAUUUUACACCAUUUUACUGUAGCUUGUAAAUCCUUUGACUUUAUUCUUGGCCAAGGGUCCUUUAUAAUGAACUGUGAGCGCUUCACUUUGAAACCCUGCGUUUAUGUCUGUAUCUUCAGGUGGACAUUCAACCCUGCAGUGCUGACGAAGGCCAACGUAGUGCGCAGCGGUGAGGUAGCAGCCGGCGCAGAGGGAGGCAGUUCCCAGUUCCUAGUGGGAGACCUGGUUCAGAUUUGCUACGACAUUGACCGCAUCAAGCUGCUGCAAAGAGGCCACGGAGAGUGGGCUGAGGCCAUGCUGCCUGUAAGAGUCUGAAUGAUGUUGACGUUUCUUAAAUCUGCCACUUGUUUUAAUGUUUUUAGGGGUUUAUGAUCGCAAAUAGAUAUCUGGGAGCAAUAAUUUUCAACUGAUUUUCAAAAGUUGAUUCUGAAUAGUUUAAAAGGAUGUGUCUGUGUGUUUUAAUCAAAUUAAUCUGCGAAGUACAAAUUCAAAUUAAAACAGCCCAGACGAUUGCAGCUGUAAAUAUAUCCAAGCACCAAUAUGUCUGAAUAUUUCAACUUCUACAACCAAACAGUUUCACUUCAACCAAACAAAGAUCUUGUUAUUUAUAUUAGUUGAAAAUCCAGGACAUUUUUGGGUUGUUAAUUAGGUUUUUGUGCUUGUAGGACCGAUAAUUUCUGUGCAAAUGGCUUCCACAAAUCAAGCCCCAUCCGUCUCGCUCUGUAACUCGCUUUUACCAUCACACGUAGCGGUGCCUGUCCUUUAUUUGCUCUAAAGAGGUAACAGCUGUCAGUACACGCAGAGAAAUGAGUCCCCCCUCUUAACAGACUAUGACUCUGCUUCAGUCUCAUUUUUUUUUCCCGAGCAUUUUUUUCCAGUCUCGACACAAUUUUAUUCUUCCCUUAUUACAUAGUUUAUUCAUUGCUGCCCAGCAUGCCUCAGGUUAUGUAACGCCGGUCUACUCCAAUAUGCCACUUGUCCCUGCCAAACUGGCCCCCCUCAGCAGCUAAUGAGCCUUAAAACCCUGAGAUGGGUUGCAGCUUUGAUCACUAACCACGGCUGUUUGCCGCCCGCCGCUGCUCCUACUGCAGCAGUCCCCGUUAUUGAUGGCAUCCUCCAGGACAGCCCCGGACCCCGCUCGACACACUCAGAGUGCCUCUUUCUCAUAUAGCCGGGACCGAGAUGAUAUGAUUCAAAAUUGGAAAGCAUUUUGCUCUGUCCUCUCUGUAUUGCCUUUUUAGAUGAAAAAUAGCCUAGUCAGAAGAGGGGUCUCUUUCUUUUAUAUCCAUCUUCUUUUGUGCGCAAGUAAAUGUGCCCUGAAUAAUGAGAACGCGGCUUUUAUCUGUAAUAUUUAGUUUUAUAUUGUAGUCAGUUUUUCAUUUUUGCAACCAUCUUUGUUUCUGCUCAGUGUAGAACAAUUGUUUUCUUGGGCUGGUAUUGUUUCCAUUUUAUCGUUUCCUCCACUCUCUUAUUUUUCUGCUGCUCCUAACAAUCUCUCUCCGUCUUCACUAUGCCUCUUACAGGCUCUGUUACACAGCCCCAAAACAGCCCUUCAUACACUAAUGAAUUUGUCCCAACAUUUAUCAACAGACCCUAGGCAAGGUGGGCCGUGUGCAGCAGAUCUACUCUGACAGUGACCUGAAGGUCGAGGUUUGUGGAACCUCUUGGACGUACAAUCCUGCCGCUGUCACAAAGAUUGCCCCCUCCGGCUCUGCUGUCAGCAACGCUUCUGGAGGUCCGUACGAACACCCAGUACCAACAUAAAGAAAGUGUCAUCUUUGUUGUUCGCCUUUCUCUGACAUUUGCAUCCCGUAACUAUUUGAUGUUGUCUCUAUUUUGUCCAGAGCGUCUUUCUCAGUUGCUGAAAAAACUAUUUGAGACACAAGAAUCCGGAGAUAUUAAUGAGGAGCUGGUCAAAGCUGCAGCCAAUGGAGACCUGGCAAAGGUGGAGGACAUCCUUAAGAGACCUGAUGUUGAUGUAAGUGUUUAAAAUUGUCCCAUAAUACGGCUGCUGCGUUUCUAGAUAGAUUUUUGGAGAUCACCAGGAUAUUUCACCAUUAGAUUCCUUCAAAAGAUCUAAGUAGAUUGAUAAUUGGAGGUGGUAUAGCUCUGGCUGUGCUCUGCUCUGCUCGCAGUCUAUUGAAGGGGCUGAGAGUCUCCUAGGAGGGAGCUCUGAGAUCCUCCCACUCCUGCACCUCUCUCAAUCUGAAAAGCAUUAAGGCCGGGCCCAGAGGAGACACCAGGGAGCAUUGGUGUGCACUGCAGCACAGACCCGAUUCACUCUUCGAAUCAAGCUGAGAUCUACAAACCCCAUACGGCAGCACAUUGUGUUCUGACACAGGCCACAGGCCGGGGAAAACACCCCGUUUGCCAUAGGACAGGAGCCUGUGCUCUGCAUUGGUUAUGAGAACGAGCUAUGUCAAGUCUGCAAUACUGUCGUCACUCAGAGAGCAAGAGAGUGAAUGAGUGUGUGUGUGUGUUUUCGUGUGUGUGUCUCAGUGGUGAAGGCUGGCCAGAUGCCCUACUGCCUUUCAGUGGAAUUAUUUGCUUAAAGCUGAGCACACUGAGCUUGGCCAAGUGAUCCGCCAGCUAGGACAAGAGACGACUCGAGACUCCCAAAGGACUCCACAUUAAUAUUCAUGCUCUUAGUUUUUGCAAUGCCGCAGUUGGUGAUGAAACAUGCACACCCAGCCAUGCGCGCACACACACAUACGGACGCUUUAACACACCCUCGCAAAUCUCUUAGCCCCUCAGGUGGACAGCUAAUUCAUUUGAGGCAUAUCUAAUCUUAAACAUGACACGACUCGCAUUCAUAUUCACACUUUGCCUCCUGAUGUGUUUACAGGUGAACGGGCAGUGUGCUGGACACACCGCGAUGCAGGCAGCCAGUCAGAAUGGACACGUGGACGUCCUCAAGCUGCUGCUCAAACACAAUGUGGACCUUGAAGCCGAGGUUUGAAAUCCUUUUAACGUUUCGCAAAUGCGUCCAAGUCUACCCAAGUGUAGAAAUCCACCAAUGGACACAAAGCAAAUGUCUAAUCAUCAUGCGGGUGUGUCCCUGUACAGGACAAAGAUGGAGACCGGGCAGUGCACCAUGCAGCCUUUGGUGAUGAGGGCUCUGUCAUUGAGGUGCUGCAGAGGGGCGGUGCUGACUUGAAUGCCAGGAACAAGCGAAGGCAGACUCCAUUACACAUAGCUGUUAACAAGGGCCAUCUGCAGGUGGUCAAAACCCUGCUGGACUUUGGCUGCCACCCCAGCCUCCAGGUAUCUAUCCCUUAGUUAUCAUGUGAAUGUUAAAUGCAUAGGCUUUAACAGAUGAUGCAGACUGGGAUGUAUUCGGUCUGUUUAAACAUCUUUUAAUACGCGUCUUUGUUGGAGGUGUAUUUACGACUACACAGGGAAGAGAGUUCUCUUUAAGCAGGCUUUGACAGAUUAGAAAGAGAGUGGCGAGUAACACAAGAUUGUCAUUUCAGGAUUCAGAAGGGGACACACCCCUGCAUGAUGCUAUAAGCAAGAAGAGAGAUGACAUGCUGUCUGUGCUGCUGGAGGCAGGUGCUGAUGUCACCAUAACCAACAAUAACGGCUUCAAUGCUUUGCAUCACGCUGCCCUGCGAGGAAACCCCAGGUAUGGAGCACUACCCUGCUCAUGCUAACUAUUACCCCUAUUUGGUGUCUCGAGGAUAUCAGGGCGCGUUAAAGUGGAAUUGUGCUUGAGAUCCAAACGAAAGGCUUUUAGGGAGACCUGAGGUAGGACCGGGUGAAAUGACCUAGUGCUUAAAUCUUCAAUUCAGAUUGAUUUCCUCUGUGAUUGAUUUUUCUUUUUCCUCUAGAGGAAUAACCGACAAAUGACAAAGAAAUGUCUCGAAACGGGAUUUCAGUCACAGGGCGAUUGGUUCGUCUUGGUAGUCGUCAGGGAAGUAAGCUGUUUGGAGGCAGAAAUGUUGCAAAGCUUAGUUGUCGUUGACAAAAUGCACUGUCAAGCUCAUGUAAGGGCUAAGGCAUAGUUUGACUGGACUGUAUGUCUGCUGGAGUGAAAUUAAACAACAUGCCCUUGAGCCAUACUGGGAAUGUUUUUUACAUGUUCAGUUGCAGGGAUGAGGCACAACAGCUCCAGUUAAAUACUUUUGGCUUGUUAGUUUUGAGUUUUAAGGAUGUGGUCGAAGUCAGGUUUUUCUGCUGCACACAUUUACACUAUGUCUUUGGUGAUAUACAACAUGACUGCAUCAGUGUUGGCUUUCUUGUGCCCCUUUCUUGUCAUACACAACACAAUCAGAAGUAAUUCUGCUAAUGUUGGCUGCUUUGUCGCAGAUAUUCGUGGGCUUUAGCAGUCUUAUGUGUCUUGUCAUGAGACGCAUUUGUGUCUUUCAGCUAUUUACCGCUUUUUAAGAUAUUGUGAUGUAUUUGUCAAGCUGCUACCUUGAGCUGCAGUGGCCUUUAAACAAUGUUUGUGAUCUUUUUACACCGUUUUUUUUUUCAGUUUUUGUUGUGUGUCUCUCUGUAGGAAGUAAAUUGAUAGAGGGAGUGAAUGAACUUUGAGGGCCCAGAGCAGUGAAGGAAGUUAAAGUGAAAAUCUAGAUUUAUAUUAUUUUAAAAGCAUCCUAAACCUGAAGUAUGAACUGAUCUAUAAAAAUGAUUUAUCACCUAGCCCUAGCCUAAGGUUGAUUCAGACAUGCUAAAUCUAAACUCUUAUUACCAUAUCAUGUCUUUCUAAGCAUCGUAGACUCCUGGUUUAAAAUCAGUCUGAGAGAGGAGUGAAGCUUUAUCCCUUAAAUUAGAAUCUGACAUAUUUUUUUUUGUCUGUGUCUUAAUUUCAUUAAAAAGCUUUAUCGAAACUUUGAGAACGUUGGUCAAAUCUAUAACCGCCGCACUUGAUUUUCAGCGUCUUAGCAGCCAGACGACACAGGCCAUGGCAGAAUUACUAAUCUGUGACCACUAAUCCGUUGCUUAAUCAUCCUCCUUUGGAAUGACAAAUUUGGGCUUACUACCUACAGGUCUAAACCAGGAGACAGACUCAGUUUAAUCAUGAAUACAAACAAAACUCACAAAUUUAAUUAACUGGCAAAAGAUCCUAUUGAGGCAUCAGCAUUAUAUAUAAAACAUGCAAAAUUUAGAUUUGAUUUUAUAAACUGUAGUGCAGAUAGAAAGUAAUGGUCACCUAUGGCUUAUGAUUGCAGUAUAUUUAAAUGUUCUUAGGAAACGUGAACACCUUUAGAUCAAUAAGAUUAAUCAACUUCUUGUCUAUAAUAUUUGUCCUUUAAUUUUUUGAUCUAAAAUAAAUUUACUGCUUAAAUUCGUCCACAGAUUCCACUUAAACAGAAACUUAAAGUAUUUUAGAGCCUUAAAACAUGGAGCGGUUCAGUUGAAGCACCUCAGUGAUCUCAUUCUGUGUUGCAAUAAAAAUGUACUUUGGAGUCACUAUUUAGUUUGACAUUGAUUGAAGUUAAAAGCAGGCCUAUAGGCUUCAUCCAUUUCCCUAACAGAUGGCGUGGUCUCAAGUUGACAUUAUGCUACCUUUGAGGCCUUGAAAGCAUCUGUCUCGUGUUUAUUUCUUUUAUUAUUGAAGCUAAUAGCCCUUGAAAUUCAUUUGUUGUUUGUUUUUACUGUUAUUGUGGUCCAUCACCGUGUGUUGAAAGCACAAGCUGGCCCGAAGCGGUCGGCCUGUGCAUCAGUUGCCCCGUCCUUUGAUCAUAGCGAUUUUGUGAGUCUCUUCUCCACUCUCUGGCAGUUUUUAUUCGUCUUUCUCAACCAUAUUAAUAAUAGUCCAGUAAGACAGCAAUCUGUAUCAGGUGGAUCAGCCCAGUGUGUCUUCAGCUGAUGGACAUAGCGUUACAGGGUCAGAGUUUUAGACUGGAGCCAUUUCUAGAAAAAGUUAAUAGCUGCUUGUUGUGCUGAGCGCUCUGGGUGUGUAAAUGUCUGCGCAUGAACAUGGUUAUCCUAGGCGAAAUGUCAUUCCCCUUCACUGGCAUUCAUUCUUUUGGCAUUGGGACAAAUGGAAUUGAGGUCAGAGAGCUGUGGAGCACCUGCCACCUGCCACAAGCAUGGUCAGACUCAGCCCUCCACCUCUAUGGCACACACUGCAGAAUGGAUUGUCUGAAAAUCAGUGGCUGUUUCCUGUGCGGUUUACUGAUCGGUUGAUCCGCUGAUUGGUUUAGACAUUAAAGUAAUUACAUUCAUUUACAGAGCGGUGUUUAUCCUGGCAGGUGCCUAGUAGUCUUCAUCAAAUUGUGUUUGCGAAUAAGUGAAAUAAAUCUACAGAUGGUGAUGUGAAAUUUUCUGUUUCCUAAAAUAAAUGGGAAAAAAACGAGACAAAAUUAUGACGAUAAAAAAUAAACUAAUCGAAGCUCAAAUGAAAGUCUUGAGGUGGUAAUAAAACAUGAAUUUAAAAAGAAUACAUGUCAAUAAAGCAGAGCAUAAUAAUCAUUCUACUUAAGUAACACUUCAUUUACCUUCAUGACCAUUUACUUGAGCAGAAGUAAAACUACCAGCUUGUUUGUCAACUUCAGUAAGAGUAAAAGUACUUUAUUUUUUAUCAUUACUGUUCACUCACUUUUAGCCCACGCCUGUUGGGUUUGAAGGAAUAAGAUACACCACCCAAAUUUUGUGGGACUGCAUCCUUCCAAACUUGUUGUGGUAAUAUAAUCAACAGCAUUAAUAAGUGGAGUGAUUUUGACUCAGCACAUAUCCAGAGUGAAACUGUUAAAAAGCUUUGCAGCAUCUUGUGUCAAGAUUGCAGUUUGCAGAUGAUUCUUGCACACCUUCAGUCAUGACUUUCUGUGUAGAGAGGACUGUUAAUACGGGACAAACAUAAAGGCCUUAUUGACUGUAAUGAGUAAAAAUGGCCGCCGGUGCAGCAGGCACAAUAUUCUUGAUAAAUGCCUCGAACAAGCUCAUUUUUACUCAGACAGGAGUUCUUAAAAAUGUCGCAAAAUAAAACACACUCCACUGAAACUAUCUUAGUUAAAGUUGUUGUAAAAAGUACAAGUUCUCAAAAAAACUGCAUAGUUAUGAGUAAAUGUUAUUGGUCAUUUUCCACCCCUGAUAAUUGUAAAGACAGUUAAAGCAAAAAACAAGUCAUUACAAACCUUUUCACAUCAUUUAAAAUAAAAAAAGAAAAAUAGCUUGACUGCUCUGUCUCCUUUCAGCAGGAUUUUUAACAGCUGAUAAUCUCUUAAACUCUAAUGUAACUUUAUUUUAUAGAUAGUUUUUUUUCACCAAUUCAAAUAUCAUUUAAAUUUCAUUAAAGAGUAUACAUUUCUAAAUAUCACACACACACACACUCACACACUUACAAAACUGGCCACACAGUCGGCGUUUAAGCUUUACAGACAGGAAGAAAAAAGCAAAAAAAAAUACAAAGCAGCUUCAUUGUCUUUUAUUCUACAGCUUUAAAACUUUAUUGAAUAAUAGUCGACUUAUUAAGGAGAGGUCACACACUGUUAGAAAAUUGCUUGCAUCGUAAAUAUUAAAAUGCAGUGUGUGUGUAUGUGUGUGUGUGUGUGUGUGUAAUGCGUUUAUGUAAACCAGGACUCGGAAUACAAAGGCGCAGAAAGCUGCUGUAGGACUCAUUGAUUAAGUGGCGAAAAGUGCACAGUACAGUAUUUUCUGUAUCAGGGCCCUUGUUACGUUGUGUGCAUGGGGUGUGUGUGUUUUGUGUGUAAGUGUGUGUUCCUCACUGCAGUCCACUCUCUGUCCCUUUGCCUUCAGAGAAACGAAGAUAUAUGUCGCCUUCUCCAGUCUGCCCAUUUACUUUUAUUUCACACUCGAGCUCCCGCAAUAUCAGGGAGACAGUCCACGAGUCCUAAAGCCCUCGAAAAUCUCUCCCCUGGUUGAAGUGAAAGUACCUUGUCUGGUGUGUUUUUAGUCGAAAGGCGGCUGUUUCAGUCGAGUGCUUAGAGGAAUUCCUGCUAUAACAUCAUACUCCUAAAAAGUACCUGCGAUUAUCGUCACGAUGAAGAGCUUAGAGUUGAAAGUUGAUCACAGAAGGGCUCUGAAUAAUAUUGAAAGUCCGCCCCUCUCGUUGUUAUAAAUCAUUAUUAUUCCUGAUAGCGGGCCCACUCUCCUCUCAACUUGUGUUUAGAUUCAGCCGCAGCACAGAACGUUCUGCAAUAAAACAAGUUAAACAAGUCUUAUCCUUCAUUUCUCAUCAAAACUAAUACAAAAAGAAAAGCCGUAAAUACUUUCUGCUUUCUAACGCCUUCUCUAGCUUUUUGAUUCAAGUAGAGAGUGUGACAGAGACCCCGGUGUGUGUGCGCGUGUGUGUGUUCGUGUGUAAUUUGUGUUCUGUGGCUGGGUGGGUCUUCCAGCAGUGGAAAGAAGAUUGAGGAAGACUCACAGGAAGAACCCUGUGGGUGACAGAUGAUUCUUUCAACUCUGAGUCCCAAAUACAGAGACAAAUCAACUCUACCAUCAGGGGGGCAGCAGGGACUGGGGAGUUUUACAAUAUUUCACCUCGUUCAUUACACACACACACACACACUCACCCACACACACAUACUCGGCGACAGAGUGUGAAGGUAUUUCCUCAUAAAUUAGGCCUUGUUGUUAACUUUUACAAUUGCUAGUAAAUUGAAAGUGCUCUUAUAACCUGUAGUAACGCGUUAAGGGCAGGAUUUUUUCGGACAUCCACAUCGUGUGUUCUCUCUGUGUUUCCCACUGCCUUGGCCUUGCCAGGAGAGCCUGGUUUGUGUCUUUUCCUCGGGCCGCUCAAAGCCAGUAGCUGCUACAAUACUGUAAACAAUACGAUUAAUAGCCCAUGACUCAUAAAAGAGCCCCAAACAAGCCCUGCAGCAGCGCUCUGUACCUUUCUUUCUGUGUCACCUCCUCGUAAUAUUUGCCCUCCUCGUGUAGUGCUCCGCUUUCUUUUAAUGCGGGUGAUACACAGGUAAGCCCUGUAUGAUAAUUAUAACACCUGAGUGGAGAGAAAGUCCUGUUAGUAAUGUGCUCUAAAAUGCAGAAUCACAAUUAAUUGAAUAAAUUGGGUCAAAUGUUUGCAUUUAGAAAGACUCUACACUAUGUUCACAUUGUAGGUGGUUGCCAUUAAUUGAAUUACAAUUUUGUCACUCAGUUCAAACUAGUUUCAACAAGAUUGACUCAAAAUCGAGUAAGCUUGGUCCUCUUAUAUAUCCCCCUUUAUGUCAUGGUUAUGGUUAAAAGUAAAAUUUAAACUUAAGCUCAGAGAAAAAAUAAAAUCAGGAAUAAUUUUCAGUCAUCAGAAUCUGAUUUGUCUCUACAAGGAAAUAAGAAAAAGAAAUAUGUGCUUCGAGUGAGGAGCAGAAUUUAAAUGUAUUUCUAAAUACCUCAGACACAUCCCCCAAAUGAGUGUAAGAAAUCAGCAGAAUAAGAUUGACUUUGUUAUAAGAUUUUCAGGGAACUGAUCUAAUUAUGUUCAUUUUCUCAGAGUUUGGUGUAAAGUUUCAAAUUAAAAAGCUACGCAGCAGGAUCAGGGCUACCGAAUGACCGUUGUCUUUGCUAAAUAAAAGAAGAGACGGAAAAGGAGUGAUUGAAAAAGAAAGGUGUGCAGGUGAUGCAGUGUGUGUGAAUGCAGUUUGGAUCUGCCAGCCCCCCGUUCUGCAGUAAGAAGCGAAUGAGUGAGAAUGUAACUGUCCGCUCCUGUGAUUUGUGCGCUCAGCUUCUGUCCUCUAGAGCAUCUGGCUCCCAUCUACCCCAGCUUGUCUAACAUCCCUGCAAGAGGCUUCAGGGAAAGGAGGCCAAAGAUUCUGAGUUUGUUUGUGCGCAUGCUGCAGUCUAUAAACGACUAUCCUCUCUCUGCUCCCCCCUUUUUUUUUUGUUUGCUGCACUUUUAUUUUGCCGUUUCUUCUGAGUCGCUGUCGUACUCUGUAAAGCCGCAUUAACGUCCCCCCCCUUUAUUUAUUCUUUUGUCACUCCCACCCAGAGCGUGAUUGACCGUUAGUAUCCUGUGUCAGUCAGUUAAGGAGGUGUCCAAGCAAGACAGCCGCACAUUCUCACAGAGGCAUGUGAGUGCUGUGUUUCUGAAAUAGCCCACGCUGCAUGUCUACCCUCCCCUGCUAUUUUUGAACCAGCCAUUGAUAGUGUGGUCAGAAUAUCAAUUCCGCUGAAGGCAGAGAGGUAACACUCAGUCAGAAAAGUGGACGACGGCAAAGUUUUGAAGCGCAGAUUUGUGUCUUUAUUCAUCAAAAAAUAAGACAUUGAACAUAAAAGUCACUGCUGAACAGUCCAGAUGUUGUAGGUAGAAGAAAAGCCAUGAGCCAGUCAUCAUCAAGAAGAAAGCUGCUGUCAUUACAGUGAUUGAAGACAUCAAAGCAGAAGGAGCUCCUGUAGUCAUCAAAGCAUAGCUACAGCUGGUUGAAGGGGACCAAAUCCAUUCAAGAGGUGAUUUGGUUCCAUUUUACCAGCUUUAGCAAAGCAUUGUGGAAUCACUGUUUGAGAAGCAGACACGGAAACUGCAAAGAGGCACUGAGCAGAGAAAAGACCAUGUUACAAUGAAACAUGAAAACAUGGCUCAUCACACCGUUCUCUUCACAACUAGUUAAAAAAGUACACUGCUGGUUUUCCUCUGGCCCGUUCACCUUCACCCACUCUGCAAGACACACAAGUACAGUCAGCACAGUACACCCCAUUUCCCACAACACCAUAACAAAUAGGUACAGUUGAUCAACCUUACCUAACUUUCUCCUUCCCUGCCUCCCAGGCAGCCUAUUUAUCCUCCUCGCUAUCUUUUUAAGUUUUAUGUUGCCCCCCUCCCCGAGAGUGAGAGAAAUUGUUCCCUGAGAAAAGGAUAAUAAUAAUCUGUGGCAGUGCACUUGAGUCAAAUGUCCUGGAGUCAUGAAGCAAUUACAGCCUCUGACAGAUGGGCCCUGCUGCAAGCACGCUGCUGCCGCGGUCAUCGAGACGGCCAACAGACUAACGCAGAGGCAUAACCACAUACACAGGCUCGCUCACUCAUGUUCCUACAGCAGCACUCUGGGGUGUCAAGUCACAACAUUAAUUUAAACCAGUCAUUUAAGUCCCAGAGACUGAUUUGUCGUGUGGAGAGAAGUGUUUGAACAGUGACUGAGGGCAGAUUAUUUUAUGUCUCUCUCAGGGCUCGACACUAGUACAAUAUUGUAACGUUUUCAGCUAAACAUCCACCCCUUUUCCCGAUACAAAAGUGAUCACAGUAACACCUGCACUAAAGAAAAUCCUCGGGCUGUUCUCCUGUAAAUGAGGCACACAUAAGAUCAGAAACAUUUCUGCUUGUAGAGCAAAAACAAAACACAAACCCAACUUGAUAACACCAUAUGGUGAAGUCAUGUAAAUGUCUGUUUUCACCCAUACAGCUGCAGUAAUCACUUUUUUUAAAACUAGCAAUUUACGUAUUAGGCAAGUAUGCUACUUCCAAAAAGUUGUCAAGAUACAAUUAGGUGAGGUUUAUUCGGCCUUUAUUUAGCUUUCACUUUUAAUCAGCUGUUAUAGUUAUUGACUCCUACUGCCAGGCUAAAAAUGAGCUUCUCAGAGUGGCCGGCGACAGCUGAGCGAUAUACAGCACUGCUUGUAGACAGGAAGGAGUUCAACACAGGGCCAGCUUGAUAUGGCACACCAGAGGCAGGUCUAUUUGUAACAUACACAUGCACAUUAAUGCUUGCGCAUGAACACACACACACAGUCUCUCUCCGUCACUCAGAGUCAGGUGGCCGGGCGGCUCACCUCGUCUAAGGGCCAUAACAGGGCAAAAGCAAGGGGGGACGACAGGCAGCGAGCAUUUGAUAAUGUCAGCAUCUGCUGUGUUUGUCACUCAGACACCAGGUCAAUGCUAUUGAGGGCCUGGGAGAAACAUGCAGUGCAAGCCAUGCACUCUGAUGGCUUGACAGAAAAGAGAGCUAGACAGACAGAAUAUCAUAUGGGCUCGAUACAUCAAGCUGGGACGAGUAAAACUUUAAAAUGUAAAUUAAUUCUAAUAGUUUGCUCAAUCAUAAAGAAAAAUCUAUUUUGGAUCUGGGCUGAGUGUCCUUUUUUUUACAGCUCUGCAGUUUUGCUAAUGUCUAAUUUAAAACUGAUUUGUUUCCAUGUAGAAGCAGUUUUAAGUCUUUAGUUUAAACUUUGGAUUGUUAAAGAGCAGAAUUUAAGAUUUAAGAGAAUAUCUUUCGAUUUCUUUUGCACACAUCAAAUACAGACUGGAAGAAUGUCAGAUGAAUUUAAAAGCUACGAGGUUUUUGAAUAUUCAGGAUUUAAACACUCAUAAACCCGAGUUAAAAGACAGCUGUGUUCGCGCUGAUACCGGUCAUGUCACCACAUCUCAGUCAAUACAAUACACUCACGAGGAACAGAGUCAUCAGUCAGAAACUCGGCCUAUUAUUUCGUCUCUAAAUGUCCUGUAUUUCAUUAGAAAAGAGCUGCCAUACUACCAAGGUGCACCUACGCUUUGUCAUUGCUCCACUGCGGGAGAAAUUUGUGGGCACAGCUACAGCCCAUGCUGCAGCCUCCACCAACUCUGUAAUUUAGAUAACUAAAUCUAAUUUAGCUAAAGCGCAUUCACUAUAUGCAGGCACUGUUUAGCGUAAUAGGUUAAUAAGUCAACAAAGGUUUACUGUUCGGAGUGUGCUGUUUUAGUUGUGUAUUAGGUAUUACUCAGCCUCUAAACAUCGAAUUUGAUCGUCAUACCGCAGAUAGUUAUUGUAGCACAUAAACAGGAUAUUAACCUGCAUAAUUAUCUAUGUUAAGUUCAUUUAUAAUAUCUUACACAUACUUUUUUGAACUGUCGCCUAAAUGCAGUGGAAAGAAAAUCUGUGGUGCGGCUGUGGCUCUGCAUUAGAGGGGUUUACAGAGAGGCAGACCUGAACUAAAACUGGUACAAGCUUUGUCUAUGAUCCAAGCACAGGCCAGAGAGGGGGGUCAGAAUAGGUGACAGUGCUUGAUAUGAAUAGCUCGCCGUGCAAACUUCUCCCCACCUCUCUCUCCCCCCUCCCUUCAUUUCUCUCUGCGCCCCUCUCCAUAUUCUGUUGCCCUCUUUUUUUUUUUUGUUUGAAGCAGUCAACAAUUGGAAUCAGCUGACAGGCCAGAGUUGACUCUGAUCCUGCAUUGUCACUUUUUGAUGGUCUAAUCUGACUGCCAUGCGGCCCAGCAAAGCAUUUGGCAAGCAUAGCAAACGUGAACAAUGAGAGCAGGAAUCAGGGAAAGGGAGGGGAGGGGAGCACGGGGCAGCUGGGUUGAUGUGGGCUAGGGGUGCGGAUAAGGGCAACGGCAUAAAGGGGUGGGUAGUCAUGGUUAAACACACAAGAUUGUUAGCACGGAAGCCAUACGAUACAGCAGUAGGACAGAGCCAGUUUGUGACAGCAGCAGCAGCAGCAGCAGCAACCUCAGUGCCUCUUCAUUCUGCCUCCUCAGCAACUAUGUCCUGCUCUUUCGGUUGCAUGUAAAAAAAAAAAAAAAGAAAGAAAGAAAGAAACAAUGGCAGAGUUUCGGUCUAAUUCACCUGGCUCUCCUUUCUCCUUGAGCCAUGAGGGAGCACUGGAAAAGAUUAUGGUAUUAAUGGUCAGGAGCAGCUCCAGCAUACCACACUCUGCUUGCUAAAGUUGGUGCUAAGUUGCAGCUGACUGAAUCUCAAGGGCUGUAAUGCAGUAAAAUCACAGAAUAAUGAAAGGAGGCCCUGUUCAUAUCAACCGCUGUUUGCUUUACUUUUGUCUAAGCAGCUAAAUCAAACUCCAAAAACACACACACACACACUGCUGACCGAGCAGGCUCCAAACAUGAUUGCUGUCAUUCUAUGCUAACUUACGUAAUUGUCUAAUGAAUUGGUGGUGGAUCUUGGAUGAGAGGUUUUUUAUUGGCCAAGUCAGCCAGUUAGAAGAAGGCGGUAAGUUCCCUACAGCGGUUAUUGCUGCAGUGAGACUGCCCAGAGACAGUAUAGCUAAUGUAUGAGCCCUACCACUCACAUUCAUACUCUCUUUUCCCCCCUCUCUCACUCUCCCUCUCUAUCACUUCCUCUCUCCCCCCCUCUCUUUCUCUACACUAAUUCCCCUUGUUUUCUCUCACACCACAAUCAAAGUCAUAUUAAAAAAUCUGCAAAGCACAAAGAUUUCUUUACAAACUGCUGUUUAACAUCUCAUUUCCAGAGCGAGGAUUCACACCUCACCAAGAAUACAUACUUCUUUACAUUCCAUAGCUAUCAUAUGUUCAUAUGGGUACAUAAAGAAGUAUGUACACUAAGGAGGUAAUCUUAGGUACGAAAUGUUCUCACCUUUCGCCAAGGUCAGGAAGUUAUGAGCAGAUAUUUUUCCUCACCGUUCUCUCUCCCAAGUAUGGUAGUCUGCACCGUAAGGUGACUUUGAGUGUAAAUUCAGUUCAACACUCAAGGCUUUCACUUGGUUGCCAUGUAAGGCUGAACAGUCAUUCCCCCCGCCCCUGAACAUAACAGAAGUUUUGCAGUCCAUACCAUAGUCGACUGUCCCAGUGACCCCCGCUGUCCUCCAGACAACUGGGAGAAACCAGGAGGAUCAGGGGGGAGGAAUACAGCUCCUGUUUUUUUUAUGGCAGUCAGGAGGAGGUGGUCUUUUUCUCUUUCCAGGAAAAUGUUGAGGAAGAUUAAGGGGUUAGACAAAAAAAAAAAAAAGAAGAAGAGCAGCAAAGAAGUUGAAGAGUUUUUCUCCUUGAUAGAAAGUCCACAGUGUGAGGUGCUGAUGUGCACCUUGUCUGGUGUGAUGGUCAUUUGCCGUGUCCUGGGAGCAGGGGAGCACCUAUAAGCCGAACGGCCCCGCUGACAUACUAAACACGUUCACUUCUCUCCUCCCACUUCUCUUUCGGUCGUCUCCCUCACCGCCAUCUCCUAUUUCACCUGACGCUUUAUAUAUCCUUUCUCCUUUCCUACCUCGCACUUGUACCAAUACGUGCUCCUCUCUUGCCUGUCGCUCGUCUCUCUUGUGUCAGCAACGUCCCCAGCGGUUAGCCGGAGCCCUUGCUGAUGUUUGAAAACGAGGGUGAUCCAAGUGGAACAGGAAGCUAUUGUGAGCAGGAUUUGGGCUUUAGGCGCAGAGGCAGGCCAUAGGUCACAUGAAGGCGCUAAUGCCCACUCAGCACUUGUGGAUUGGUCCUGGCUGUAACCCCCACCCACCACCAGCACAAGCACCCGUGCCCCCUCUUUCUCUCUGAACCUUGUUUUCCCACUAGAUUGCUGUUUUUACGGUCAUCUAUUGUCACUUCCUUUUUGUCCCGAUCUAACUUAACCUGUCCGAGUUUGCAACGCAGCUGUUCUACGGCAGAAGCAGAGGAUCGGAUCAAUGGCCAUUUGCAUGGUGGCGAGAAAUGUUCAGCAAGUCUCUAAUGAAUCUUUGCCCCAGACCAACACAUUCCACAAGUUGACACUGCCUCCAACCAUGCUAAGCUAACCAGCAGGCUCAGUGCUGAGGGAAUGGGAGUAAAACAAAAAAAUGGAUUAGGGGAGCCCGGCUUAGGCUAGAGUUUGGAGCCUUGGUGGCGGAGGGCUAAAUAAAUGGGAAAAGUGGUGCAAUGUUUUUUUUCUUUUUUUUUUGCAGUGGAGGGAUUUGGAAUAGCAAUGAGCGUAGGUUGAACUGGAGGUGACAGUUGGUGGAUGAGCAGAGUCCUAAAGGUGUGACGUCCUGUUUAGGAAAUGUCACAGCCACCCGAGAGGGUGAGCAAAUGGGACACAGAGGGGGUGAAAUUCUUUCCUACACACAACGGGGAUGGAGGUCUGGGAACGUGCAGCAGUGAAUUAGCCCAGUGGUUGUUGUGUCUGUUCAGGUUUGGGCUAAACACUGCAGUACUGUGUGCCCCGCAUGCCCUGCCUAGACUAAAGCAACCAGGUAUACUCGAGAGAAGAAACUGGGUUACUACCCUAGCCUAAGUGCUGUGGGUUCAGCUGGUGACACACAUCUACUCAGCCAACCAUUGCUGCCCAAUAUCCCCUCCCGCCCCUCCCACCCCCCUCCACAUCUGUGUUAAUACACUUCUCACAGCUGUGUGCUGUCAAUCCCCCCCCCCUCCUCCUUGUUCAAACUCCCAACCUGCCCGCUGUUUAUUAUUCUGAUGCUUCGUCAUCGCUCUGGUUUGCCACGUUCCAUCCUUCCGCCCCAAUCAGCUAACCUUGGGCUCAAAAGUGCGACGUUUACUAAAACUUACCUCCCAUCAAUUAAGAAUGGCAGUGACCUCCCCUACCCCUCAGUACAUUGAAAAGUGGUUGGGUUAGAGCACGAAAAAGAUAACUUGGAAAAGAGAAAAAGAACACAUCAAAAGUCCAAGUAAUGAUAGCAUCCUUAGUCAUGGCGAGAAAAAAAAAUCUUGGAAGGUGUCAGACGCAGAGGGCGAAUUGUGCGUAAGGGAAUGUCUCUCCACACCAGUGCAGGUCUGAGUUAACGAGUCCGUCAUUAGAUAGCGGCAGGGCUGCAACCAUGAAGCCUAAUGAGCCAAAGAGCUCUGCUGCUGCAGCAUGUCCGGCCAGUGCCAGGAACACAAGAGGGAGGGAGAGAGAGAGAGAGAGAGGAGGGAGAGAGAGGGAGAGAGAGCAAGACAAGAGAGGGAGGGAGGGAGAAGGAACAAGAUAAGAGAGAUAGAGUGAAGAGAGUGCAAAAAAAAAAAAAAACAGAGCUAAAAUCCAUGUGGGCCAUAGCAACUCCCCAGCCUCCCUUAUCCCUGGUCCACCUUCUCCUGCAUCCUCUUCCUCUCUCUACUUUUUUCUUUUUACAAAGCCUUUAUUUCUUCCUUUCUUUUAAGAGAAGAGGAACAAGAGUAGGGGAGGAAAAAAAAGCCCAAAGGUGUUCUCUGGUUAAGUUCUGUCCCAGUGCUGCUGCUGCUGCAGAACAGUCCACUCCCCCUUCCGACUACGCGACUCACAGGCAAACCAUGCGGUUAAUAACUGAUCGCAUCCGAGGAAGAGAGAGGGAAGAGACGGGACAGAGGAUGUCAAGGCCCGUCAAGGAAACUCCGUCCAAAAGCGAAGGAAGAGCAUAUAUUACCUGUCAGAUCAGUUUCUUAUCUGAGCUGCUCCUCCUCUCGUCCCCUCCUCUCCUCCUCUUCCCGUAGUGAAGAGAGCCAUAAUGACCUAGAGAGCGCUCCAGCUGCUGCAGCCAUCGUGUGUGCCGGGUGCACGCCUGACUCGCUGAAUCAGCUUCUAUGAUUGGGGGGAGGAGGGGUGGUGGUGGGCGGGUUGAGUGCCAGAGUCAGGGAGGGGAGGAGGAGGAGGGGGUAAAAGGAGAGAAAGCGGGCACACACACACGCACAGAUACACACAUGCACACACAUUCCCACACAAUCACAAGUCAUACCUUUAGAAGAGGAAGACGUAGAGCUGACUUGAAGAGCUGCUGUUUGAAAAAAAAAAAGUGGGGAGGAAGAGAGAGAGAGAGAGAGGAGAGAGAGAAGAGGGAAGAGGGAAGGAGGGGUGAAAAAAAAUCUGCAGCACUCUCCUCUCCAUCAUGUGCAUUCUGAGGGAGAGAGCUGGGAGGAUGCCCUGGUCGGUGCAGGAGGCAGAAAGUGUACCAACCGUCCUCCCACCCUGCCUCUUUCUUAUUCCAUCGACACACACACGCAGCCCCAGAGCUUUAUCCUGCUCCUAAAAUGCGCUUUUAUUAUUCAGUGGAACUUUAUACAGCAGCUUGGAAGAGGGAGUUUACUGAAUGUUUGAGAGCAGAAUUGGGAUGGAGGUAUUUAAGAAAGACGUGCCUCUGCAGUAGAAGACAGCUGUACUUUUAAUAGUCCCUCGCGAUCCAUGCAAAUUUGAUUACCAUUGUCAGGGGCUGGGGGGACAGAGGAUAUCGCAAUAUGUUUCGGUAUUUUGUGUUUAGACUUCCUGCCCUUGUGAAUUCUCAACCGCAGCUUAUGCAUUCUUGAUGGCGCAUCGCAAAGUCCACCUUUUCCACCAGGAUAAGAUCAAGCAGAGAUGCUGCUGCAGUUUGGAGGGCAGAGAGCACAGGAAGAACACAGUGGCAGCAAAUUAGGUACAAGGGGUCAAUCUUCCUGCCCCGCAGUGUGGAGGGCUAAGCUAAGCAGUUAGCACUUUGUGGGAAGCCAAGCAUUUGAAACACGCCUCGGCCCCUGUUGCCGGGCUGCUCAUGUGUCUUGUCUCACCACCUCCCUGACCAUAUUUAGUCAAGCAGUGCAAAAAAUAGUUCCAGCUCCGCUCCACUCCACUCUGCUCUUCUCCUCGCCUCACCCCCUCUAACCCUCUCGUCCAUAUCCCCCCCUCAGCAACUGUUGGCUGCAGGCUCCGGGAAGCCUCCCCUUCUACUCCCUGCCUAUUGAUUCCAGCGGCCUGGAAGGAGAGAGGAGCUUUAGGCCAGCUAGCCCCUGCUACCAUUUGCCAUGCUAUUUUUAGUAGCUCCAAAUAAAGUGGUCUCCCAUGCUUCCACUUGUGUAUUCUUGAUUCUUCCCCCUCCUCCUCCUCCUCUUCCUCCUCCUCCUCCGCCUCCACCACCCCUGCUUUACAUCCCUCACCACCAACUCAAACGCCUUCUCUGAUACCACCCCCUCACUCUGUGUGUCCUUUUGACCCCCCACCCCACCCCUCCAGCCCCCCAGUCUCUAUCAUUCUUCUUUUUAAAUAGAGCUGGAAGAACACUCUGCUUAUGGAAGAGCUUCCGUCCGCUCACCUCUAUACUUGGAAUAACUGCACAUUCGACAAAUGGAGGAGAGAGUACGGGUGACUGUGUGGUGAGGGAGGGAGGAGCGUGGAGAGUGAUAGACAGCAAUGAGUGUUAUUGUCUUUUCCUCUUUAUUUAUUGAUUUCUACUGCUUUUAGCAAUGCAGGCAGACGAGUGGCAGCCUCACCUCCAAGGCAAUGAAAAGUUUGGUCCGCUUUCCCUCUCCUUUUUGAGCUCUCAUUAAUUUUCAAGUGUCUUUUUCAAGCUUUCCCGAGGCGCGGCCACUGAAGAAUCUGUUUAAUUAGUUGGUUUCAUCACGGGGCACAUCUAUACUGUACGAAAGCAACGUCCUCUGCGCCCUCCUCCUUUUUUUCGCUCUCUCCUCUUCAAUCCUCUUAUACCUCAAUGACAGCAGACAAGUCCUCUUACAACCCCACAUGCAUCUUAACCGCAGAAAGCCCGAGGAUGUGGGAGCUAAAGUUUUUUGGCUCUUCAAAGUGAUCAUAUUGAAACCAGACUGUUGCACUUGUAAUGAAUGAGAUUGUAAAAAUCACACAAACACCCUAAACGCAGCGUGAACAUUUGUCAAAGUGUGUUUUCAUGAGCCAGAGAAAUGUCACACAGUUCUCUGCUCGCUGAUUUGAUAAGCCUUUUAACGAGCUCCCAGUCAUUCCGCCCUCACUCUCAGUUAUAUCUCGGGCCUUUUUCAUGGUGGAGAUAAUUCUGCAUAGAUUUAAGUGUGCAAUUUAAUUAAUGUAUUGCCACUGCAAUUUAUAGCUUUUCGAUUACAUUAUCUUUACGGCUCUUACAAGAAUUGACCAUUUGCGAGGUAAAAUGGAUUCCAAGCUAAUGUGUCUGCUCAAAACUUGACCUUACAUGGCCAAUCAAAGUGCAGAAUUGCAGCGACGUAAAUGGCAACCGUGAAAGUCCACCGGUUAUUAUUCUGCGGACUCUUUGUUUGCCUGCCAAUUAGACUGACCUGCUUGUAGUUUAACAGUCUGACUUGAUUCUCUUCAUCCCCUGAGUGUAAUUCUAAACUUACCUAACUUUUUAAGUUUCAAAAAAAUCAUUCAAGUUUUUUAAUUUUCUACUCAGCUGGUCAAAGAUUUCGUGGUCAGUCGCUAUCCGCACUGACAAAGCCCUUGUGUGUUCUCUGUGUAUCCCCUCAGUGGGUCUCCACCCUGCCCGUUCCAGCCACCCAACCCACCAGUUUAAUCUCAAUUACAUCCCGACAUCCCAUCUGCCCCUGAAACUCAGCAGCCCAGCUUACAUCUUCCCUCCAUGAUGAAUAGCGAGGGGCUGAAUGUUUAGCUGAGCAGUUAAUCGAUCAAUAAGAACAGGGUCGACUAAUGGAUGUGCUUUCUUUCAAUGGAUGAGGGGGUGGGACGGUUGUUCUUCCACACGAGUUCGGCUUUAAACAUAUCUCCAUUCAAAUAAAGUGAAAACAGGCUGUGGGGAUAUCAUCCAUUUGCAUGUUUUUAUGACGCUCUGUGUGGUUCAGAUGAUGAAUCAUCGGUGGGAACUUUAAUAUUAGAGGCUAAUCAUUUCUCUGUUGUUAUUUAGGAACUGUGACUUGAUGUUAUUGGGAUUAUUCGCAUCAGUUAACAGAAAAGGGGUGAACCGAAUGAAUUCUACAAAUUGAUCUCAAUUGGUACAAAUAGGAAACAUAAUUAAUUGCACGAGUCUUUACCCUUUGAAUGGUUUCUUUGAUUGCAUUUCUAAAUUGUCGGUAGUAAGGGAAGUUGUUUUCAGAUGUUUUACAAAGUCACCAAGGGAUUAUACAUUUUUUUAAUUAAUAAUUAUUUUCAUUCCAUUCCCUCUUUUUCUUAUUUUGGUUUAAGUCAAGCUAUGCAAGCUGAUGGAAACAUGCACCAUGAAGUGUGUUGGUGGCAGCACCACGCUGCGAGGAUGAUUCUCUGCUGCAGGCCACGCAAAUCUUGUGAUGGCGAAUUUGUGACAGAGCUUGAAAGUUCAGAAUGAAGUUUGGCUGCUAAUCAAAGAAGAAUAAAGCAGUGUACAAACUCUUUUCAUAGGUGCUUCCACUUAAAACUGGCUAGAGGGGAUGGAUCUAAUUAGUAAUGUCUUUCUUUUGCUGUACUGAUUAAAGCCCCUGUGAGGAGUUUUUAGCUGGUGAUGAAACAAAGUGGAAUUGAAACUGAUGCCUCUUAAUGACCUAAAACAGCAACAGCUUUUAGUUUGACUGUUCUUACACACUUAUGCUCAAGGUCUACAUCAGGUGUUGCAGUAUCAGCUUUUGAGUAUAAUCUGGCAAGAUAUUCCAUGCAGGCUGCUGACUGCUCCUUUUAUUCCUCGCAUGUUGUUAUAUUUAAGAAUAUAUAAUAUUUUUAUGAACCAAGGCCUAUGAUAACAGAUUUAUUCUUAUGAAAUUACAACCUAACUCUAAUAAAAUCUAUUACUUUCUCUUGUGACUUUAUUCUCAUUAUAUUGCAGCUUUUUUCCUCAUAAUUUCAUUUUUUUUCACCCUUAAUGUGGCUCUUAUUGUCCUCCAUGCUGAGUGGUAAGGCUGAGCGAUAGACCCAAAAUUUACAAUACCAAAAUUUACGACAAUAACCGAUGUGAUUUUACCCAUAUCGGUAUAUUCUGUGUCAAAAAAAUAAAUAAAUAAAAGUUGGUUUUGGAUGUGUGUAGGUAGGCUUUGGUCUCAUGUCCCUUUAAGACACUGUCCUACGUCAGAGACGUGACUCCACCCCAUCCAGUCCGUAACCAAGAGGGAAAGACAGGUGAGGAGAUGGAGGACGGUUCAAAAGUUGGAACGGCUGAAGUAGACGAAGUUAAUGUGGGAGGGGGUGAGCAGCUUGUGGAGUAGUUAUCGUCCAUUUAUCGUUAUCAAGGAGAACUGCUCAAUAUAUCAAGAUAUUGAUUUGAGGCCAUAUCGCCCAGCUCUACUGAGGGAUAGGUCACACAUGGAGCGUGCUCUUUUGAAAACCUUUUAUUUGAUUGUCACUUCGAAGACUGUCCGUGAGUGAUAGAUGUGACUGUUAAGAGAAAGCAGGAUGAGAUUUGAUGUCACAAAAUUACUACUUUCAUGUUCAGGACAAAGUCAGCACCUAAAUAAGAGGUACUGAUUUACACAGCAGCUGCCGAGAUCAGGACAAAGCCAGAAUUCCUCACAGAGGCUUUAAUUUCAGAACGCUGGAUUACUCUCGCUAUGAUUUGGAUUUAUAAAACUGCAAAGCAUCGGAGGGUUAAAGAGAACUGGGUAUGAAUUUCCUCUGAUAAGCAUUGUUUUUUGAGAACUCCUCUGUUUUGUUUUACAAAAUGAGAGGCAGGCCGCCUGAAAUUGAAAAGUUUUGUAGUAGAAUUGCGGGUAUCUUCAGAUGGUGUUGAAGUCUUUCUUUCGAGCACCAAGCAUGCUAGCUGCUCUUUCAGCUCGUCUUUAAUUCCUCUUUUCUGUGUGCCUGCCCACCAGUCAACAUCAUAGAGGGAUUAGAGCUUUUUCUAAUGAGUCCAGUUUGUGCUUUUUGAGUAAAUCUCCAUCAGCCCGGCUCUUCCUCCUGCUUACUCUGUCUGUCUCAUCAGUUCUUCUCCUCGCCCUCCCCCACACCGCCUUGUCCGUGCCCCCCUCCCUCAUCCCACUCCUCCCUCCAUCUCUCCUCAUCCCUUUACACAGUGCAUCAUUUGAAGAGGUGAGGCUGUUGAGCGCUUGGAGGAAUAAAAGUGAUUUAUGAAUGGGCCAGCCUACCUGGGUGCUGGAGGGGGAAGCCAGUGGCAGUCAGGCUCUCUGAUCCAGCAGCCCAUUGUUCCCUCCAGCCUCACUGCAGGGGAAGCUCCUUUGCCUCUCCUGUCUCUCUGAUCUUUUACCAUGCCGUACCGGUGCCACAUGUUACCGUUAAGUGACUCACAAACUGCAUGAAUACCUACGCACUGCAGGGGUGUGUGUGUGUGUGUGUGUGCAAGACCAUUUACUCAUGACUCUCACACAAACAUAUCCACACCGUUCUGCUUCUAGUCUAUAACCACUAAAGUUAUGUUCUCUGAUUAUAUUGUUGCGCUUUGCAUAUUUUAGCCUUUUAGGAUUUUUUUAGCAUCCCAGAUUUUGCAUGUUAACACAGGUGAGGACAGCCAGAUGCACCAGCCAACAACCCUAUCCAUAAAAUAAAGGAGAGGUGACAGGAAAGGUGCUGAAGCUGCUGAGGACAAUGUAUGAGCUCCUCCUUGUCACCAUAUGCUCAGAUGCACUUACAAACAACACGCACUCGCUCACACAAGGAUGACAGUAUAUGAGGAUUUUACGGGGUCAAAAUUGAAGAGGGAUGUCUCUCAGCCACAGCCAUUUGGCUAUUAGCGUUAGCGCGUUUAUGUGCCACGUGUGUAAUAUCUCGGUGUUUACAGUGUAAUAUAUGAUAACUCCUGAUAGAUAGCGGGAAGGAAGAGGAGCUAAACUUGGUCAGGGGGAAAGAGUAUUCACUAGUUCCCUUUUGUAAUUCAUUAAAAGAUAACUCAUUGCUGAGAUGUGUCAGAAUAACGCAUGUAAUCGAGAUAAACUGCACUUGGUGGGUUCUUGUAGCCCACAAUGGGAGGUAAUUUCCUUACAUUGGACUAUUGUUGUAUCACACUCUCUGUAGUCUGGAGAAAUCAGUCUGAUACUGCAGAUUUAUAGCUCGUAAUUAUAUGUCUCCUUAGUAUGAUCUGUUAUUAUCUUCAGUUGUUCAAUUAGACUCUGCAUUAUGUUGCUGUAGCUUGUUCUAGUUGAAUUACUCACUGAAGAGUGUAUUCUCAUUAAAGAUGUUGCACAGUUGCUGGUUCAUUCAGCGAGCCAGGGUACCAGUUUGCUGCAGCGUGCGCUGUGACCUAAUAGAAAAGAAGUCACCCAAUCCUAGAAGCCCUCCCAGUGUCCACCUCUGUCUGAGCUGGGACCAGUCCAACAGAUCAGCCAGAGGACAAGCUGAUACAAGCCCCAAUCCCCCUGUGACCAAUCAGAACGCCUACACUUCCUCCUAGGGCUGGGCCAACGGUGGCUCGGAGCCAAUAGAUAAGCUCAGCCAUGCUGUAAUGCUCUGUCUGUCCUGUGGCAUGCUGAAACAUUGAGUCCUGGCUGCUAUGUUGCUAUAGCACAUGUUGGGGGGGAGGGAGGGGGGCAGAGAGAGAGAGAGAGGAGAGGAUGGAUGGAUGGAGGGGGAAGAGAGGAACGAGGGAUCAAGGGAUGGAUGGAGGGAGAGAGGGAGGGAGGGAGGGGUGCAUCCCUUCCUGAAGGGACUCAAGGACAUAAAGAGCUUUUGGGAAAGUGACUAUAGCAUGCAAAGAGAAAAGCUUGCAUUGUGAAGCCCCUAUAAGCGCUGAUGGUACAGUUUCUUCCUCACUAGCCAAACCUAGAAAGAGCAGGAUUUAUUUGUGGCACUUUAAGUGCCUCAGCAAUGCAGGUAAUAAAUAUGACAGAGCAAGGUGAUAUACCUCAACAACCCAGCUGUCAGGCAUCUUUAAUAUUUUCUCCCCCCAUUUAAAAACAAAUGUAGUUUAUCUAUUAACCUGAUGUAUUGGGAUAAGUAAUAGAAUUUAUUUUUGUUUUAGGUGAUACUUCAGCAGCAGUGAUGACACCAGUGUUUUUAAUGAAACGCCAAGGAGCGAGCUGCAUUUUUCUUAGCUAAGAGAGUUCACGUAAAAGAUCAGUAUAAACCACGCAGUAGAGCAAAUAAAGUUUCACACAACAUGAAACUCAAGAAAACCUGUCACUGUCUUUAUAAGCUAGUCACCUUUUGUGAUUGAAUAUUGUCAUUGCCUUUUAUAUUUUUCUAUUUCAGACUUCACAGCCUUUGACUUUGUAUCAAAAUAACUCUGUACAUACACAUGAUCUAAGUAUUAGCCCAGAUUUUAUAGAGAUGCCUUGGUAAUACAUUUCUUUAAUAUCUACUUUAACGACAGCGUUAAAUCUUUUGAUUUCACUAUCAUAUACAAAGCAAAUAAAGGAUCAGAAAAGGAGCUGGUCUUCUAGAGCAGAUAGUUUUAAUUAUUUCUAAUGAGGUCGCAACAAUCACUGCAGCAGUCAAAGCGUGGUUUUUUUUUGCUGCUUUUAGAGGUUUUUAAUGCAGAAAUAACAUGCAGGGAUUCUUUUUUUUACAUCAGUUGUAAAGCAAAAACUGUGAAAAUUUGCACAUCUUAAAAACCAGGUUAAUUACCGCUGUACAGUAACGUGUAGGAAUCACUUAGAUUUAGACCCCCACCCUCCCAAUCAUAUAUUUUUUGUCAGCCAAAAAGGUAUAAGUGUCCUUAAUGGACUCCAAGGGACACAUUCAGGCUGAUGUUCACCUCUAAACCAAGCUUAGCUGUUGAAUAAUGCAGACCAGGUUACCGUGGUAACCUGUGCAGACACUGAAGUCAGUGGCCCCCAUGUAAAUGCAGUUUGACAGGUCAAGGGGAUGAGGAUUUGUUUUUGUUUGUGUUGUUUGGUGAGCUGGUGCUCGUGUUUGUGUGUGGAUGGUUGCGUCCAAACAUACAGGGAAUACUGAAAAAAGCAUCAGCUCCAUUUUUGGGAUGAAGCAGAGAAGGUUAUAGCUGAAGAAAACCUUCAUUGCAGUGUUUCUAAAGAAUCAUGUUUGUGUCAGGAAAACACUGAAGUUUCUAUAGCACACUAAUGUAAAGCACAUUUUUACUAGCUCUAUUAACAAGUUGGCUGUUAGACAUUUUCUGUGCAGCUCUGGGGCAUAUGCCCCGUUGUCUCAGUGCUUAGGGGAGGCAGGAGCUGAUACAAGGCCCUUUUGAUCCCUAUUAUUUCCCACUGCAAACAAUAGAUUUUAAUUACCAAAUUGCUCUUUCAGCCACAGCGUCUCCCUCUGCAUGUGUGCCUAGAAGUGUAAAUGCUGAAAAGUCAGACUCAUCAGCUGCAGUACGGCAGCCUGUUUGUGUCACUUUGGAUCUGCUCUGCCAAUUACCGAGGAAGAGAACUUGAUGGUGUGUUAUCAUUGUUUUGUCUGUUGUGUUUAAGCGGCGGUGCGGCGGUUACUGCUGUGUGUAAAGGGACUCUCACAGGUCACAACAUACAAAGAUGAGCGUUUCGCCGGGAGUGUGAGGGCGAGUGCGAUGUGUUUGUGGGGGCAGAAAGGUGGGAGGCGGGGCCGGUCAGAGAGGGGUGAUUUAAAGUGCUGGAUUUGCAAUGAGACUGUAGAUCAUGGGAGCCUCUCAGACUGUCUGCCCGUAUGGUGACAGUGUGGCAUUCUGCAGAGUGGCUGUCGAUCGAAGGACCUUCAGCACGGCUGAGUUCUCCACAGCAAAAGCCGGAGUCAGUCCCCCGCUUGUAUUUACCGCUUUGAACCUCUGUGGAGGAACUUGCAGUUAAUUUCACCGGGCAGGAGCAAGUCUGAUGUUGUUUCAAACAAACUGAGGGGAACUUCAAAGUUGCCGGAAUGAACUUUUGGCUUUCUUGACAGGAGGCUGUUACAAUGAUUCUGUGAUGUUUAGCCGAGCUAAAAACUUGAAAAUGAUUCCAUGAUACAAAUGACAAAGACGUAGCGACUCAUCACGAAGGCGGCUGAUGACUGAGCAGGUUGGAAUUAUGUACAUAUUAAAGUAAAGCCUGAGGCUAUGAGGGUAUCUAACAAAGUGGAGAUUGGGCCAAAGACAUUUUUUUUCUGAAAUCCACUCACGUAAGCAGCAGCAGUGAAAAAAAAACUUUCUAAAAAGGUCUAAAUUACCCGAGGCUUGUUACUUUGGUUAAAACCUAAUCAUCAUCAUGAGACAAGAGACACAUUUAUGUUUUCCGCUGGUGUAAAGCUUGAACUGUGAAGAAGCUGCUGCUCUCUAUAUCAAUGAGUCGUACCUCUGUGCCUGGGACAGUAGAAAAACAAAUACAGAGCAUGUCAUGUACUAUAUAUAAUCUUCAGGUUUCUAAAGUGACGUUUUAAAGCCUUGUUGUUUUACCAACAUUUGAGCACAAAAAUAGACCUGUAAUGUGUUUUACUGUGAUGAAGGAUCAGGGCCACAGUGAGGAAAAAAAGGUUUUUAAUCAAGUGAAUUUGGGAAAAAAAGGUCGUUAUAACAUGAGAACAAAGUCUCAGUAUUAAGAGAUUAAAGUUGAAUUAUUAUGAGAAUUCAAGUUGUAAUUUUAUGGAAAAGAAGUUGUGGUUACAGGUGAUGGUCAAUCGAUGUGUCGGCUAAAACAACAGAUAGACCUGCAUUGAAACGUGGGAACGUAGGUCAUCAUGUUUAAAAUGUUAACCUUAAAAUCCACAAACUCAGUUUUUUCUCUACAAGGCAGCCCAAACACUCAGUUAUAAUGUACAAAACAGACCUAGAAAUGGCUUAUACUCCAAGACUGUGGCCUUAUUACCAGUGAUAUGAAGGUGUGAACACACACACACACCAGGGGCCGAAAAUACUUUUUAUUCUGUGCUGCUUUUAGAUAUAAAUUUAUUCAUAUUUAGCUGAAUAAUCCAUGCAUUUAUAUAACUUUGUUUUUGUUGUGAGGUUGCCUGUUUUUCCUUCCUUUGGUUGAAUUUUAACACCAGAGAGAAAUGAAACAAAACAUAGUUGUACCUGUGGGUAUAAUGAUGAAUACAGUUCAUUCAUUAAUAUAUAUAGGGGUCUUUAAUGUGGUUAAGCACAAACACAAAACAUUUCAUACCCAUCUGGUAAGCUACAAAGCUGACAAGUUGAAUAAAAAAGAUACUGAAAUUGCUCAUUUUUGUCGGUUUUGUUUCUCUGACUAAAAUCUCAGUGUAACAGUCAGUUAACACUCAGUUUGAAGCCCUCGUGUGAGCCAGGCGGUGAUCUGUAACGUGUUCCACCAGGCUGUUUGUAGGAAAGGAAGUGAGCGUGGCGUAGGGUCAGAGAAGAUUGCCUUUGCUCUGUUAGCAGCUCGUUUAAGAUGAAAUGACUCUAAUGACGCAGAAGUCUGCGAGCGCAGCCGCUCCGGUGACAGCAUACUCGGGUCUGUUGGUGCCUUUGGCUGAUAAGUGAUUUGAUCUACAGUUCUCAUUUUCUGCCCUUCGUUUUGUGUACCUUGUCAUAUGUCAAGAUGUAAUUAUCAAAUCCUGUCAAGUAGUUUAGUCACCUCUCAACUUCCUUAUUUGCACAUUGUCAAAGUCUUUUCACUCUAUUGUGCGGGUCGACCUGCUAUGUUUCUACACAGCAGGUCAAUUAUUUGUUAGUUGUAUGACUAUUUACGCAGCUCUCAUCAUAUUAGCAGCAGUGAAAAGCCGGGAAUAAAUGUACGACCUAUUAUGUUCUAAUUCAGGUCUACUUAAGACCGUGUGAAAAGUGAUGUUCAAUAAUUACCUGGUUGUUUUCUAGGUAAUGGUGUUAUUGAGCAUUUGUUCCCUAUAGUACGCAUGAUUUAGUCGUCUCUUUAUUCUAAUAGAAUCUACAUGCCCUUGCUUUAUCUUUUAUGACAUCCCCUUCUUUUUUUCCUUUUAAAGGAUGUAUAUCAUGACUGUUAUGGCUGAUGCAGAGAUGAGAAUGAGGUUUUUCAAGGUGCCGAGGAGAAUAAAGUGCAAAGGAAGAGUAGCAUGGGAAAAAUAAUUGGGUCAUCUCGAACCAAUGGGACAUUAACGCGCCAUUGGGCUUCUCUGACUGUCUUGCUGCCUCCUUCUUCAUAAAUUGCUACGAAUCAGGACGCCCCAUAAUACCAGGUGAUUUAAGGCUAAUUAAAGUUAAGCCUUUAUAGGCCCCCACCCUCUUCCAAAACAGAUGGACAAAUGUACCUGAGAUGUUUGAAAUGCACCCAGCGUCUCCUAAACAACCUUCAAGGCACAGGCAAUAGCUAUAGUGAUAACCAAAACAUCAUAGAAAUGCACCCCUUUACCCGUCUUCCCUCUUCCCGGUUUAUGCAAAUAGUCCUUAAUAAAAGCCUGCUCACUCAGGGGCCUCAGGUACAGGCAGGCAGGGGAAGGUCACAUUGUAGGGGAAAUUAUUCUCUUCACGGCAUGGUAAUGAAAGCCUUUUUUUAUCGAGCGGAGCCAGUGAGGUUCUUGUCCUCGGCUCUCUGCUGCACUGCUGGCCUGGACGCUACCUGUGUUUAUUUACUCAGUCCACAGCAGGACGGCCAGCAGCUGAUAGGACAGCAUGGCAAAGUGAACUAAGGUACUAAUUGCUUCAGGAGGUAGAGGAGAGGAUCUGAACUUCAUCUGGUUAUAUUUGCAUGGGGAUUAAAGACUGUUUGAUUUAUACUUGUCAGUAGAGUUAUUUAGAGACAGCAGUUCAAUUUUUUAUUUUUUCCCAGAAAGUUUGCUCAGUUCUUUUAAAGCUGUGCCUGCAUCAUUUUUAUAUUCAUGGAGGCAAAUAUCCCAACCAGUUUCCAUGAAAUUCUGUUCAGUUUCAAGACUCUUACCCACCCAGCAGCCACUGACUUAAGGUGCCAUUCAAACCUCUCACACAUGAUGAAGAGUGUCUCCCUGGGCAGAGAGGAAAGUGGGAAAGAGGGGGGGAGUUCCAUUUUGAGUUAGAGUGUCGCAUUUGUGAAUGAUUUGUUGGGUACAGGGUUCACUAUUUCAAAGGACCUGUAAGUAUCGAUCUGGGCCCCUCUAAGCUGACACUUCAUGUAUCGUCUGAAGGCAUCUCAUCUUGAAAAGCUGUUCCAGUAAGGUGUCUGCCUCAGGGCAAAAAUCCUGCCACUAUCAGGGAAGCAAGAUAUAGAAAAAGCUUCAUUGAACAAUCUGAGAGCAAAGUUUCAUCAAGGCAGGAAACCUGAAAUCAUUUCAACUUGAGACGCAGUUUUUGCUGCUCUCCAGAAGAGACAAACACUUUUAUUUGGAAACAGAGCUUACUCGUGAGGGUUUGGAAACAGGAGUGUAAAGGUACGAAAUAUUUCAGUGAAGUUCUCAAGUUUUUAAGGUUACGUGUUCAAGCUGUAGGCUGGCACAGAUUUAUUUUUUACAACAUUUUAGGUGAAGCAUGAUUUUAAAAAAAUAGUGACAAAAAAGAAUCAAAAAUAAAAUAAUUAUGGAAGAUCCAAAAUUAACUCCUGCAAAACUUUAAGUUAGGAUAGAUUUCCUAUUUGGCAGGUAAAUGUCCAGAGCUUUUGGCCACAUGACCGGUGAAUAAUUGUGCUGCUUUAGAAAAAAAGUCAAGUUUACAGCAUGUUUGUGCUGACUUCUUGGUGUUUCUGCAACUCUGCUGUCUGCGUGUUGAAGCUUUGCAGGGUCCGACUUACGCACUUAAAAACAUGCUCACUACCACAAACACCUCGCUGCUGUUUACCACCAAGGAUUUUUCAGGAUCAAGAUGAUGCAAUCUAUACUCAAUUUAUUUGCACACUUUCUGCCUUCUCUGGACCCAUUAGUCUUUAUUCUGUAACAGACACACACAGGGGUGAUCAUAGAAAACCACUACAGACAAAUAAAAAUAAAAAAAUAAGUGUGCUUUGAGUUUAUCUAGCUGGAGAGUCGAAGAAGUGAAACUGGUGUUUCAUGUCAGGCUGCAUGUGUGUGUGGUGGGGAUCUUGAGUUUGAAUUGCCCUUACUUUAAUUCCCAACUCUAUGUACACAUCUAUGCCAGAUCAAAAGUGCAUAACCAGAACACUUUAGUACAAAUACAUGAACCUUUGCAACCCCCAUCAUGAUUUGACAUGCGGGAUUAAGAGCUGCACUAUAUAUUUUUUUUCAAGACUUUAAAUUUUCAUCAAAAGUCAAACACUUUUUUCUAAAGUCUGACUAAAAAGUAUGAAAAAACACUCUCCUUCUGUCUGCCGAUUGAGGCCGAUUAAAGAUUUGGUUCAGAGAAUUAAACGGACGUUCUAUUAUAAAUUUAUCCCAGGACAAAAAUGAACUUUGAUGGGAUAAAUAUGGAGCACCUCUCCCCAUUGGUGUCAAUCUCCUCCUCUAUAUCUCUGACCACAAAAGCGCCGCCUACCACACUGAUCAUUUUCAGUCCCCGUGUAUUAAAGCCUUUUAUUUUCCCGAGGCAGGUGGCACCUUUUGGCGACUCAUUUCCGAUGCAGAAUUUGGAGCUUGAAGCCUUAGUUAAUAGACGAGGGUAUGCCAAACACGUCUCCUACAUCAGAGUAACCAUAUGUUUGUGUGCAGCCAUUAAUCUCAGACUGGAUGUUGACUGUUCCUGUUUUUGCCCUGUCCUACCCAAGUUAUUGUCCCCCGACUCCCACUUCCUGUUGUAAUAACGUCCACUGACCACCACACAGAUGGCUGUCAGCAAGGCGAAGGCGGCAGAAGGGCCCUGUCGACCCGUACACGCAGACACACGCGCGCAAGAUCACACCCGCACACACACUCUUUUACUCACACUUCCACUUUCUUACAUACACUGACAAACGCCGAUACGCGGCGAGCUGAGGGUGUCAGAGAGCGUCCUGGUCAAUGACAAAUUGCAGCCCAAGACAACAGGCCCCUGUGCAGCUCUCCUGAGGGACUCUUGAGAUCUCUCACAGGGUGACCCAGUUCCAUCACGUCUCCCCUUCUACCUCUCUCCUCUGCCUUUCCUCUCUCCGUAGCUGCAUUUAAACAGACCGUAGCAUUGGUUUUCAGGUUCAGCUGCAAUAAGGAGAUCCUCACUUCCCUCAAAUCCUCUGAUGUCUAAAUGUUAACUCUCAGGUCAGCUGGGCACACUCACUAUUUCCCUCUGUCUUCUCUUGACAUCCUGCCUCAAGGGCCGACACACAGCUUCUCUUAUACCCCCCUCAGUCACUGCAACAUCACUUAGCAAAGAGAUAAAAAAAGAAAAAAAGAACUGGGAUUUAUUCCUUCGUUCUUAAUUUACUCUCUUUUUUUUCUGCCUUUACAGCAAAUAGCUUAACUGCAAUGCAGCAGUGCCAGUAUGGGGCAUUAAUAUUAAUGCCUGCCCAUUUCGCCCAGCGUGGCAGGGAGCCUGUCAAUCAAGACUUCUAUUGGAGGGGCUCCCUACUACAGCACACACCUGCCCAGUGCUCAAGUGCACAGUUCUGACUGUAGAAGGCGCCAGUCUGCUCCUAUAGUACAGCAGGCCUGCAUUUAUUGGCCGGUUGUUCUACAUAUAGGAGGUAUUUCCAGCCAAUCCAGACUGCACAAAUGUUGUAUAUUGCACCAAUAGGAGGAGGGGAAAGAACAAAGGCUUUAUGUGGAACAAUUGCCCUUGAUUUUGGUGUGAAUAGUUGUAGUUAAGAAAAAAAAAAACUGCAUUCCUGUGUUGUCUAUCAGUCUCACUUGAAAGGCAGUUAAAAGAGCGCUGUGUUUAACCACCGGGAAUAAGUUUAAUGUUAAAGCUUGAGGCGAGAAUCUGAUGUGGCAAGGUCUUUUCUUGAAUAAUUUGCUUGUUUAAGUCUCAACUCCUGCCCAUUGGGAGCACCACGGAUGAAAUUACUCAAAAGUCCCCCCCUGAGAUGGUAAAUCUACAGUACGCAAGCAAAUAAUUCCUUGUAACAAAGGCGACACAUUAUGAAUGUGAGAUUAGGCAGAAUGGGUGCGGUUCCUAUCACAUUUAAGCAGUGCUCCUCUGCAUUAAGUGGUUGAAGAUAGCUGCAAGCAAUGCAGGUGUAUGUGUGUGCGUAAGCCUCUGUGUGAUGAGAGGUAGAGAGAGAGAGCGAGGGAGCCUGGGAUCAGUGUGCUGCGCUGUUCAUCACUGCAGCAGUACACCAGCGCCGGAUCUCUGUCCGUACAGAGGUGCUGACUGCCUGCUCCCCUCUACCCCCACCCUCCUCCUCCUCUUCCUCCUCCUCCUCCUGCCUCCCUGCCCCUCUUUCUCUGCUUCCUCAAGAGGGAGUGCUGAUGAUGCUGUCUUUCAUUACUCCAGAAGGAUGGAGACAAGCCGUAGGUUUAGCAAAAAAGACCCGCAGGGAACGGGCCAUCCUGAUUGCCUUUAGUCUGAAAGGCUGCCAGCAUGUUGGUUUGCAUUUCUUUCUUUGCUCUCUCUCUUAAUAGUUAACAGUUUUCAUUGAUUGUGCGGGGCUGUGGCCUUCCUCCUCUGUGCUGGAGCCCAUUUCCUCCCUCUCUGCUUCUCGAGACCCUAUUUACCUUACCUCUGUGUACGUAAACACUCCUGCGCUCGCCAAGGGGCUGCUCAGCUAUAUCAAAGUCAGAGUUAAAUCAGCCGCCUCCUUUUGUCGCAGUUCAAAGAUAUGCCCUGCAUGACUAUUCAGGGUUAAUCAAGGUCAGAAGUUUCCCCCCAGCGAUGCUGCUUUAAUGCUUAUUGAAGGUACAUUGUGUACCCAACUAUAGACAGGAUACAAGAACACUUCAGGGAUAUUUAUGGCUUUUAAGUGUCUACCUUUAAGUUCUAUUCGCACAAAUAGAAGAGAUAAAAAAUUUCCCCCAUGGGGGAUCAAUAAAGGAAUAUUCUAUUCUAUUCUAUUCUAUUCGAUAGGUUUGCAGCCUUUGUUUCUCAUCACAUCCCCUCAACUGGCCAUAACACUUAAUAGGGGAUGAGUCUCAUUUCAGUGUUCUCAUGUACCAUAUGCCUGGAUGUGUGCCCAGGGACUAAAGCAAGAAGAGGAAGAGGGUUGGGGGCAAAGAGAUAAUGGAUGAGUUCAAACAUUCAACUUAAGCAGUCGUGCUGUGAAACAUAGUUGACUUUAGUAGGAAGAGGAGUGUUAAAUCAAUCUGUUUCUUCUCAUUUCAACUGUGUGAGAGAUUAACUCCAAGUCAUUUUACUCCCCUUUCCUUGGAUUAAAUAAGCAAUGAGAACACAUGUGACUGUUUCACUUGUCCAACUUGGAAUAACACAGUAGGGAGAGACAGUCGGUGACACUAUGACUCCCUCUCAGCCCUCCUCUUGUACAGUUUCCUUUGCAGCCGUGUCUCUGUGGCACACAUCCUCCAAAUGACCUUGAGUGGCACAGAACUGACUCGCUCUUCUCACCACACCAGGCCACCUCUGUUAGACAGCCCCCCCGUUCAAACAAUGGAUUUUCUUUCUCCUUUCUAACCCCGUCCGGUUUUUACUCAAGAGAAGACCUGAGUGGACCCUGCUAAAUCUCCUGUAAUUACCAUUUUGCCUCCAAUGAUAGAUGCUUUUUGCGCAUCACCAGGGGAAAUGUGGCUUCUCUUUUGAACUGAAGAGAUGGUAAAGAAGGGGGGGGGACGUGUGCUCCAAAAUAACACACAGCACUUGUACCACUCAAAGCUUGAUGUAAAUAACACUCUGCUUGAGAAAGCAACUCCUCCCAAGUUGAUUUAGUAUUCUUGUCCCUGUGUGAGAAAAUGGGAUAUGCUCUGCUGUAGAAGAAAAAAGAAUAGAGGGAAAGUGUACGGGAAGAUGGUGUGUAUCAGCAGCAGAGACACUCCGAUGUGUUUGCUUACAACAGCUCGUGUCUGGCCAUAAGCUUUUAUACUGUGUCUGAGAUAUUCAGUCAGAGAUGGAUUGAUUUUGGCAGUUUAUAUCAUAAACUAUCAAAUUGACUCUACUGUCUGAACCUUCUCUGGCUUCUUCUGUAAUGUUGUCCAGGUCGGCCCAUUCAAACACUAGCUCUCUCUCUCUUUCUCUCUCCUCUGUGCAGUGCCAUGCGUGUGCUGCUGUCCAAACUGCCGAGGCCUUGGAUCGUAGACGAGAAGAAGGAUGACGGUUACACUGCACUGCACCUGGCUGCCCUCAACAACCACGUGGAGGUGGCUGAGCUGUUAGUGCACCAGGUAAUAACGCACCAGCGCUCGCAGACGCGUGUUUUAAUGCCUGCUUGAUUACUUAGACUGACAACAGUUGCCGUUAUUCAUAGUGUAUAAGAGCCCCCCAAAGCAGCCUUGAGCAUAGCUGCAUCAGCUCAGCCUGCGCUUCUGGCUGACUAGAGACCAUUAAGAGCAGCUUCCACUGCACUCCCUGCAGCCAGCAAGCUGUAGACCAGUUCAAGCUGCUGUAGCUGCCAUUUUUUAUUGAAUCCAUACGGUUCCCAGGGUCUCCAGGGGUAUUCUUUAGUGCCGUUAGGCCCUCAUAUCCUCCUCCCCUUUCUUGCAAUCACACCUUCGUGCUCUUUUCCCUUUUGAGAUUGCAGGUUUAAGUCUCAGUAGACUCAAACAUGCAGGAGUUUACUGGAAAAAGUCACCUGACCGAGUGGGAACUGGGUUAAUUAGGAUGUGGUGCAAGGCAGCAAUGUUGCUGCAACAUUCAAACGCAUGAAUGCUCGCCGUGCAGGCUACCUUUCACUGGGGGACGGCCUUUUUUUUUUUUCUUUUUUUUUUUUACAGGUCCCUGCAAUGGGCUGGUUCGCAGUGAUGGCUCAGCUUUCUAUUCAGAAAUUGCACCACACUACAAGGUGCACUGCAGAUUCCCUGCCAGCAAGCCCAGCCAGUCAGUCUUAUUACUUGGGGAUUUCACACCCUGCCUGAUCACAAUGCUUAUCUUCCCUCCACAUCUCCUCAGUUGAUUUCUUUGCAAUUGGAAAUGACAAUCACAUGCAGGGUUAUUGUAGGAUGAAUUCUUUUUUUCAGGCCCUUAGGUGAUACUUUGUUGGUCCGUGGGCUUGUAGGAAGGAGGAUUCUGUCAUCGCACAAGUAGUAGGAGGGGUUAUUGCUAUCUGUCAAGUGCUGAACAAUUAUUAUACUCUGAAUUUAGUUUGCUCCUUUCCUUUUUUUUUAUUGCUGAUCUCUCAUCUGUCAUUUCUCCUUAUGCUGGAUAGAUUCUGGUCAAUGUGUGCACAAGUGGAAAAAAAUGUUUAUUUUGUGUUUGCUCCUCUCCUCUUCUCGCCUCCCAGGGCAAUGCCAGCUUAGACAUCCAGAACGUCAACCAACAGACGGCCUUACAUCUUGCAGUGGAGCGUCAACACACCCAGAUAGUGCGGGUUAGUGGAUCCUUUUCCUGCUUAUCCCUCUUUUUUUCUUCUCCUAUAUUGUUCUUCUUUCUCCUUUUCUUAGCUCUCUCACCUUUACGACAAAUUGAAGGUCCUGUCUCAAGUUAUCUCUCCUCCAGUCCCUUAUUCUCUGCUGUACUGUCCUGUUACGUCACUGCAACCCACAUUUAAUUUACACUGGUGGAUGUCCUGCAGUUGUAUGAGGUCCUGCUUCAGAUUAAUGCUGUGUAAGGAAAAAGCUCUCCGAGGCAGUGUCUUGGUUUGAGUCAUUUGGCGUAGUGUUGGAUUGAGAUUGCCACGUUGCCAUCUUGUGGACUCAAGCAAAAAUGCACUCCAUAAUUGGGGGAACACAACACCGAGGCAUUUCAUUGUCAACAGCUGCCUUAUAAAUCAGCGCUUUGGCAUUUGCAUUGUUGCAUAAAUUUAAAGUUGUUUUAUGGUUGUUUGUUGGCGCUCUUACCUCACUGCCUGUUCUGUGUUUUGUCUUUGCAGCUGCUGGUGCGUGCGGAGGCCAAGCUCGACGUGCAGGACAAGGACGGGGACACGCCGCUUCACGAGGCACUGCGUCACCACACGCUGUCCCAAUUGCGACAGCUCCAAGAUAUGCAGGAAGUCAGCAAAGUGGAGCCCUGGGAACCCUCCAAGAACACAGUACAUAUACAUCUAUUAUUAACAUCAUUGCUUCUCUUUGAUAACAGUCAUUUACCUGGGUCAAGCUCUGUAAGGUAUCAUUAACUAUCACAGUAAGGCGUUCAUGGAUGAAAAUGAAAUAGCCAAGAGCAGCUGUUAAAGAGAAAAGCUGUUGUCAGCAAACUGAAAACAUUAAACGUACCUGCUGCGGUUUAUGCAACUUAUGCUACAGAGAGCACAAAGUCUUUACUCAAGGUUCUGUGAUUGUGUAACCCUUUAAUCACAAAGUCUUUAGUUUGAUUUCGAACACAUAAGAACAAAAAAUUCUGAAAAAGGUCUUAUUAUAACUUUUGAGAGGCUUUAAAUUUUAGAUGGGACUGAAUACCUAAUCAAAUCAACACAGUUUGGAGAGUGGCAUUUGGAUUUUUUAGUCUUUUUUGUGGAUUUGCUUAUCCCAUGACAAAAACAUUGACAGUAUCUUAACAGGCACGCACUCACAAUACAUAUUCAUGAAAUAUUAGACACCUAAGUCAGUCGUCACGGUGCUGCUGUACAAAAUUGUAUUAGCUUAACUCUUUCUUGGUCAUGUAGCUAUCUUGAAAUUCUUCUAUUUGAUUCAAAGAAGUCAGAACAUCCAAUUAUAGCUUGUAAUAAUACAAAGUAUCAGUAAUCUCCAGGGGUGGGAAUCACCAGUGGCCCCACGAUACGAUAUUGUCACGAUACUUAAGCCAUGAUAUGAUAUUGUCACGAUAUUUAAGUCACGGUAUGAUAUUAUCACGAUACAAUAUUAUCACGAUACUUAAGUCACAAUACUUAAGCCACGAUACGAUAUUAUAACUAUACCUGGGCAACGAUACGAUAUUAUUGCAAUUUCUAACAUUUUGCAAUACAGUGAGUAUUGCAAUACAAUAUUGCGAUUUAUAUAAUUUUUUCAACUGUUUAGCCAAUUUAGCAUUUGUCUUUCCUUGUUGUUUGUCUUAUUUACACUGUAUUUUAUUUUCAUGUAGCACAUCUUGCAAACCUUAUAAACAUAUGUUGUACUAACUUUCUCCUACUCGCUAAUGUCACCUCUUCCAACCUCACUGGACAAACAAUUGAUUUUAUUUUUCCAAUGUCUUAGAUUUGACUUACUUAACAGCAAUUAAUUUGAAAAAUGGAUACUAUGUCGCAAUACUGUGCUGUAUCAUUUUUUUCUCCCACCCCUAGUAAUCACAGCAUCAGACUCUGUUGCGUCUCUGUUGUGUUAACAUUAAAGUUGGGAUCGCUGCGGUGUCCUUUUACAUCCUUUUCAGGACUUUAAAUGUAAAAAUAGUGACAUACGCGAUUUAUGAGGAAUAAAAUAUGAACCGUUUCUCGAUUUAUGACAAAUUCAGACAGAUCCCACUCAGUCCUCUCUCAUCCUUAUCACUGGACAGCCCAGUGUGCAGACAGCCGCCCACCACCAGCAGAGAGCAGUCAACCAGCUCACUGCCGCCUCUCCACCAGCCUGAACGAGUUUGUCCUUUCUGUAGAGGCCAACAGGGGCAUGUCAGACCUGAACCCUUUUCAUGUUAACACCACACCACUAAUCCCUACAGGGAGGAGUUUAAGGCUACAGCGCCUCGCUGCCAGUACAAACUUACCUUACUUGUCACCUCCUGUCCACCCCCCUCUUUUCUCCUCUCCUCCUCUGUUCUCUCCCCUUUCCUGCCCUCCCUGGUCCUCCAGCAGAGGAGCGGAACAGACAGCAAGCCUAAUUGAGAUAUGUGCAGUUGGGUCACUCUCCUGUAGCCCCUCCCUCCCCCUCGCAACGAGAAUUGAAUUAGCCGGCCCGAUGGCUCCAUCAGCCGAGAUGUAAAAGCUACUGGUUGAAGACAAUCAGACAUGGAGGGCCCAAAUUGCAAGACUGAGAAAGAAAGAAAGAGAAAGAAAGAAAAGAAAGAGAGAGAGAGGCUGUGAGUUUGGAUUGACUGAAGGAGGUGAUGAGCUGAAAGAAGCAUUGAGAGGGAGAUGGUACAGUUAAUAAGAUUUUGGGUGGGGGUAAAGGGUGACACUGCCUGACAGUCGUCUGAAGGCAUGUCUUUGAUUGUCUAAUUAGUGCUGAUCUUGCAGGACUUUGACAUGCUUUAUCUGAAUUUAACUCUGCAGUCAUCUGAAUAAUAUUCAUAUCUGGACUCUUUGCUCCGCGCAUUAAUAGAGUUCCAGUUUGUGAGGUAGAGAUGACACUCUUUCCACUGGAUUUAACUUCAAAACAACCACCCCUGUCAUAAGUCAAAAGCCUGACAUGCCCAUGAUUCCUUUGUUUUCCUGUGUCUGUCUGACUUCCUGCAGUUAAUCAUGGGCCUGGGUACCCAGGGGGCAGAGAAGAAGAGCGCCGCAUCUAUCGCCUGCUUCCUGGCAGCGAACGGAGCCGACUUGACCAUUCGUAACAAGAAGGGCCAGUCCCCUCUGGACCUGUGUCCCGACCCCAGCCUCUGCAAAGCUCUGGCCAAAUGUCACAAAGAGAAGAGCAGGUAAACAUCACUGAAAGGAAUAGUUUGACAUUUUGGGAAAUACACCUUUUUACUCUCUUGCCAGGGGUUAGAUGGAAAGAUCAAUACCACUCUGAUGUCUGUCUGUUAAAUAUGAAGCUGGAGCCAGGAGACUGAUAGCUUAGCCUAAAGACUCGAAACAAGGAAGCAGCAAGUGUACUCUGUCUCUGUCACUCACUUUGGACAUAAGGGUCUGUCAAAAUAAUGUAAUGUAAUGAAUCAUCCGAGCUGUCUCUUCAGUAACUAACACAUCAAAAGUGUGUCCGAUCUGUACAGGAUGAUGUGACAAAUGCUGAAAUGUAUGGUUUUUGAAAGGGGGCGGUUUAUGUUGUAUUUAUGUUUUACUGCAAUCAAUGGAUUGUUGGAGUCUCGAGUCUAGUGGUAACACUUCAUUUGACGCCUAUCUCUAUAAUGCAUUAUAAAUAUAAGUAUAAUCACGUUAUAGAACUGGAUAACCAUAGUUAUAAACACUCAUAAAUGAUCAUAAUGCUUUAUAGCAACAAUCAUAACACAUUAUAAAGCAUUUUAUCAUGACUUACAAGGUCAGGUAUUAUAAUGUGUUACAAGUGUGUACAACAGUUGCAUUGAAUUAUCUAUGAGGACAUUACCUGACCUUGUAAGUCAUGAUAAAAUGCUUUAUAAUGCGUUAUAGAGCGAUGUCAAAUAAAGUAUUACCAGUCUAGUAUUAACCAAGUUAGGACACACAAAAAAAACUCACUUUAUGCUUUUGCAUGUAAAAAUAAAGCUAGACAUGCAUAAUCAAUCAAAUGACUAAAAAAUUAAUCACCAAUAUUUUGAUUGGAUUGACGUCUACUCCGCUUACUCCACUUUUAUUUUUCUCUAAGGCUUCGUUCACACUGCAGGUUAUGAUGCACAAUUCAGAUUUUUUGUUAAAUCCGAUCUUUCUGUGCGGUCGUUUACAUUACAACAACAAAUGUGGCAUCUAAUGUGAACAGAAUGCGUCCGUGAAAUGACCCGCAUGCGCACAAAGCACAAAUUGCUUUCCGCGCCUGUUCGUGUUGUCGAACAAUGGUGACGUUUGUUGCAUAUUGAUGACGUAUAGGUCGGUUGAACGCACCUGGGCGUCCACACUACAGUCACAUCGGUUACAUAUUCGUUUUAUAUCCACAUACAAAAGAGGCCUGAGUCAGAUUUGAAAAAAUCAGAAUUGCACUGUUCAAGCUUAGAUGAAAAAAAUCAGAUAUGUGUCACGUAUGGUUAAAAAAAUCAGAAUUGACCUGCAGUGUGAACACAGCCUAACUCUUUGCCUUUUUUGUCCCAUUUGACACACUGUAGUUAAAGCCCUGCAGCCUCCUCCUGCUGCUCCUGCGGUGGAAAAUACUGACACCAUUUUGCUCUUAAGAGGCAAAUUUCACUCUUUAAAAACACUCAGACUGCUCUGUUAUGUGCACUCUGAGGCAAAAGCUGAGUAUACAGGUGCAGCUUAUCAGACUAAUGUCAGUGAAUGAAGUCAUCACAAAAGCUGGAAGAGUGCUAUUAUGGAGUGUGCAAACCACCACAGACCCGAUCAGAACAGCUUUACGUUGUUAAUUUGGGCUUUUUUGAAAUGCACAAUGUGAUAAAAUCCCAUUAACUGUUGAAUUUCAGUGAAUAACUGCAGAUAAAAACAAUGCCUUAAAGCUUUAGGUUUAUCUAUUGAGCCUGCUUUUCACAUUCAUGUGACAAAAAUAGUUUGUAAUCUUUAAUCUGACACCGCAGUGCCUCCAAAUAGUCUUCAAACAAGCAGAAAACUGUCUUUAACUCAAAGAGAUGAAAGAUAAACUUACAAGACAGUGUUUGGUGCUUUGAAGUAUCUUCAUGCGCACACACAGCAACUGUAAGAACACCCGAGAGAGAGAGAAAAAGAAAGAGAGCACCAUCGCAGGAAAAUAAUCAGACGACCCUAUUGAUUUCCUUUCUUUGCUCAAAAUGUUUCAUGUUUCCUUUUCUUGCCUUUUCCGCCUCCUGAUUCUUUUUUUAGUCUCCCUCUGUCUCCCCCUGUUUUCUUUGUUCUCGAUCAGCCUGGGCUGUUUGUAAUCUCCUCCUCGCUCACACACACUCUAUGGUUUUUAUCCUCAAUGUUUUCAGCGGCCAGGUGGGCACCCGCAGCCCAUCUCUGAACAGCAACAUCGAGUCGUUGGAGGAGUGCAUGGUGUGUUCCGACAUGAAGAGGGACACUUUGUUCGGGCCCUGCGGACACAUCGCCACCUGCUCCCUCUGCUCGCCACGUGUGAAGAAAUGUCUCAUCUGCAAGGAUCAGGUCCAGUCGAGAACUAAGGUAACAAACACGACUACCACCACCUGUCCGACGAAGAAAGCCAUACAUUAAGGAAAGCGAAUGCACAGUGUUACUCUCUUUUGUUGUUGUUUCUUUGUUUGUGCACAGAUUGAGGAGUGUGUGGUCUGCUCCGACAAAAAGGCAGCCGUGUUGUUCCAGCCCUGUGGUCACAUGUGCGCUUGUGAGAGUAGGUUACACCCUUCUUUUUUUUUUAAAUCUUGACUUCUUCUGAAUUAGUUCCAGAUUAGAAAGUGUGUGUUUUUUUGUUGUUGUUUGUUAAAACACAAUGCGUUCUGUCCUUCACCAGACUGUGCCAGCCUCAUGAAGAAGUGCGUACAGUGCCGGGCUGUGGUGGAACGCCGCACCCCCUUCGUUCUGUGCUGUGGAGGGAAAGGUAUGGAGGAUGAUGCCGCUGAUGAUGAUGAUGAUGAUGAUGAUGAUGAUGACCUUAGUGAGUGAAUCUUCCACACAUUCCCUUUUAAUUCCCUUUUCUUUCCCCUUCUUUCUUUCUUUUCUUCCUGCGUAUUUCCGUUGCCAUGUUUUGUAUUUUUUGCUUUAAUGCUGCCUUGCUUAUGCGUCUUACUCUUUUGUUUGCAUCACUGAUACACAAGUUUGUUUCUCUCUCAUCAUAGUAGAAAUGUUUAAUAAUGAAGACAGAUGUCUGAAUCAGUCAAUCUUUACUCUCUGAACUCUUCCUCUCUAAUAGAUCUGGCAUGUUUUAAUCAUUGCAUCCAUUUUGAUCUUGUCUUUUGUACAAAGCUUUUUCUAGAUAUUGGCUGCAUAGACUGCAGCUUUAUUGAUGCUUUGCUGCCUCGUCUUUAACUCAUCGUAUAAGUUUUGUGCUUGAAAUGAUAAUCUUUUUAUACACAGGACAUCAGAAGCAUUUCAAGAUUGUGAUUAGUCCCUUUGCUAAAGGAUGUAAUAAUUGUCUAAAUACACAGAAAACCAGGCUACCUUAUCAAAUCAAUGAAUUCAUUUGUACGUUUAUGUUUAGCCCUGUUGUCAUAUUGAUCUACAGUAUGUAUGAGUGUAUAAAGAACUGAUUUAUAUCAAGAGCAAGUUUGAAAUGCUAUACAUUUUUAUGUACGUAUUUUCAGGUGCAUAGAAGCCCCGAAUUUCAUCUAAUCCAAAAUAUGCAGGUCUUAUCAAAGGAUAAGGGCUGUAUCGUGUUGCCUUCACAAUCCAUCAUCUUGUCUCCAAGUUGAACCCGGUGUUUAAAACGCCAUACCCUCUUUUUUUUCAGUGGUGUUACCUCACUGCUCAUUAUUUCUGUCGUGUUUUCUCCACGUUUUCUUUUUGAGUUAAAAGGGAAACUGUUGCAAGUUCACUAACUCCAUGUUUAUCCCUGUAUUAAUAAUUUUACAUUUCUCCACGUGUCAGCUUGUUGGCAUGCAAAUUUAUGUGCAACGUGUUGCCAAAAGCAAGAAAAAAAAAAGAGGCAGAAGCAGAUCCAAACACACAUACUCUCAUGCAAGGGGCAGCAUUGAUUGUUUAUCUCCUCUCCCUUCAUUUCCAGUAACGCUGUGUCUGUUACAAAGGCAAAUCUACAGCACAAAAUUCAUAUCACGCCAUGAUUACUCAGACUCCCGACUACUCGAUUGGAGCAAAUGGUUUUCAUUUUGUCCGUCAGAGGAGUGAGCACAGUCUUUAGAUCCAUGCUUUCGCAUUGGCUGAUCGCAAAAGGAGAAAGUGGCCGCUAUGCAUUUAACUCUUUAACUCCAUGUAGGGAAAUUUCCCUUUCUUCCCUUGUUUCAACUUGGUAGCUUUCCUUUUUCAAAUUUCUCUUUCUUGAACCUCCCUCUGAGGCUGUAGUUUGUAGAUUUGGUCCGCAGACCAACAGUUGAGCUGGCGAGGAACGGCUCCUGCUAUAACACUGUGACUGGUUAUUCCCAGCAGGGAGCUCUAACAGUAUGGCAGGGGGAUCGCAGGAUCUUCUCCAGCCCAACAAUCUGGCCCUAAGUUGGUGUAAGUAUAACCUCUAUGAUCCCAUCCCUUAUCAGAACCCACAGAUCAGAAUCCCUACAGUGCUGCCCUGGCCCUCAUCCCCCUCCCCUGAAACCCCUCUCCCUUUCUCUUCCAGUGACACACACACACACACACACACACACACACACCUGAAACAGUACAAACUGAUACAGAAUGAAUAUGGUGCACAUGCAAAGACACACACUGGUGUAAUCACAUAUUCAGGCUGUUUCUCACACAUGCAUCCUGUGGCUCACACAAUGCCAGCAGCAUUGUAGGAUGUGUUGUCCGGUGCUAGUUGAUUUUUUUAAAAAUGAUCAUAAGCUUCACAUAGAUAAAUUUAGCCAUUUUUAAAAGUAGAUGCAGCAGCUCAGACCGCUCAAGUCUGUUUGAUCUGCCAGGUGUGAGAAAAUUCAGAGUGCAUGUGGUUUUGUUCAGAAAUCUCAUGUUUUAGAUUUACUGUAGCUCCCAGCUUGUUGCACAAGUCGGAGUAACAGACUUUCUGUUUUAUUAGUAGCACAUUUUUCAUUUUGAGGAGGCGAGAUUUGGCCACUGGUUCAAACUGUUACUUUAUUUCAUCUUUUUUUUUUUUUUUUAACUCUCACCAUACAUUUGCGCUCUUGUCCCCCCAAAACAGCCAGUGGAAACAUCCCAGCCUUACAGAGAGACAAGGACAACACCAACGUCAACGCUGACGUGCAGAAGCUGCAGCAGCAGCUCCAGGACAUCAAGGAACAGGUAAGCUCCACCUGCGCUAGACAGCGGCGAUCAGCAGGCGCGCCGCGAAUAAUCUCAUUCAGAUGUGUUAAAGUGAAUCUGAAAAUGUUGUUGCAGUGUGAAGCAGCAGUCUCUGAGUUAUAGGUUGACUGCUCCCAUUUGGCUGGGUGUUACAAGGGUGGAACCAAAACAGAUGGUGAAUGUCCAGCAAAGCAUUGAUGAAUACAAAUGUUGCAGUUAAACAGCAGAUAAUGACUGCGGAGCACAUGAUGCAUCACUAAACAUAAAUUUAACCACUAAUAGGGGCUUCUACUCAUAUAAGUUGGAGCUGAGAUCAUUAGAGAUUUCUGACAUUUUUGUCUGUCUUCAGAUCAAAUGAAUAAAGUCAUUAAAGAAAGAAACAGACGAACACGCUUGAAAUAAAUUCCCAGCUGGUGUCUUUGGUUAGCUGUCAACGUUUGAAAAGCUUUUAAACCCACGACUUCAUCAGCUAGCUUUCUCUCUUUAUGCUAAUUCAUGUGUAUGUUUCUUGUUUUCCUUGUACUUUAUACACUUGUAAAAAUGAGAGCGUGGCUUUGGUGACUCCUCAAGAUUAAUAUCUUUAUUUUUUCACUUCAAAUGUUUUAAAUGAUUGAACUAUCUGGAAACUUUCUCAGAUUCAUAGUAAACUUCAUGUGUUAGUAAAUCUCUCCAGCACCAAUCACAGCUUUGUUUGAAGACGACGCAUGGAGCUUAGAGGGAUAUUGCGGCAUAAAAUUAACUUAGGGUCAAACACACCGUAACACAGAAUAAGACACCCCGUCGAGAGAUGAAUGUUGCUGACUGUUUGCUUCUCUAGUUAUACCAACUUUACUCACGACUGCACAAUAGCAAUACACAGCAGUCUCAGGAGCUACACACAAACCUCAACAAAAAUGCCACUCUAUAUCCACAAAUAAUGCUCAGAACAGCACCUAACCUCAUCAACAGUAUAUAUAGGGUCCCUGCCAUAGUACUAGCCACCAAACAUCUUUUUAACUUUGCCUGAUUUCUCACACACAACUCACCUACUCUCUUCCAGCAGUUGCUUGUUUGUAGGGAGACCUUGGACAAAUCCAUCACCGACUGCUGCGAGGUGACGCAGCUCAAGGAAGAACAUUUAUGAUAAUUUCUUCAUGGAAAUACAAUCAGACCGAGACGCUAAGGCAGGAGAACUAUCGCGUCUGCAGUGCAAAAUGAUUAAUAUGGUGAUUAUUACUUCAAGGAAAUGAUAAAGAAAUGAUCAUAAAUGUUCUUCCUUGAGCUGCGUCACCCAGCAACAGUCCAUAAUGGACUGGCCUGAGGUCUCGCUACAAACAAGCGGCUGCUGGAAGAGAGUAGGUGAGUUGUGUUUAGUCUCUUUGCUAAAGAAAUUAGGCAAAGCUAAAAAGAUGUUUGAUGGCUAGUGCUGUGGCUGGGACCCUAUAUGUACUGUUGAUGAAGUUAGGUGCUGUUCUGAACAUUAUUUGUGGCUAUAGAGUGGCUUUUUGGUUUAGGUUUGUGUGUGGCUCCUCAGACCGCUGUGUAUUGCUAUCCUGCGGUCAUAACUAAAGUUGGUAUAACUAGAGAAGAAAGCGAUCGGCAACAUUCAUCUCUCAAGGGGGUGUCUAACUCAGUGUUAAGGUGUGUUUGACCCUAACUUAAUUUUACACCAGAAUAUCCCUUUAAAUAAGCUCAUGUAGAAGAAACUGUUGCACAACCCUCACUGCACCACCACAUCUGUUUAUAACAUAACGAUUUACUGUACUGAAUAACCACAACGACACACCCUGUUUUCUUCAAAGACAAAGCCAAGUGCGUCUCGAGUUUCCAGAAGAGUCAAAUCAAACAGAGAACUGAUUUGUGGUGUCAUAAAGUUUAUGUCGAAGAUUGUUCAGUUGUUGAUCCUUUUUUUGUACUAAAAGUUGAAACGACCUCAUCACACCAAACAUGACCUCUUAUUGCAUCACCCUGUCUGUCUGUAGACCAUGUGUCCCGUGUGUCUGGACCGGCUGAAGAACAUGAUCUUCAUGUGUGGCCACGGCACCUGCCAGCUGUGCGGGGACCGAAUGAGCGAGUGCCCCAUCUGCCGCAAGGCCAUCGAGCGCCGCAUCCUGCUGUACUAGACCCCCUGAACCCCACCCUCCCUGCAGACUCUCUUCCUCUUUUCUCUUAAAGCCUGCGCUGACCGCACCUGCAAUGCCACAAUCACACCAGCUGCUGCUGCUGCUGCUCGAUCAUCCUCACAGCACCCGAGUCAGUCAGCCAAGGGCGUCCUCACAUGUCUUAUUGGACACAGCAAAUGCUCUCUUUACGGUUUGAUUGUGAUCAGAUGGAAUACCUGUUACAAAACAUGGAGAAAAAUACCAGUUGACUUUUACCACUUGUGCUGUUCUGUCAUCACAUGUACUAACUGCAGCCAGAAAGAUGCUCGCAACACAAGCGUUGCCUUUUUUUCUUAAUUUUUUCUCUCUGCCUGCCAUCUUCUCAUCCUUCUGUCUGUGUUAUUUUUAAUUGUGAAGCUUCUAUCCUCUGGUUGAGUCUUUUGCAGCUCUUUUCAAACUCAUGGUUGUGGAUAUUUACUGCAGAGGUAUGUCCCAGAUCUGGAUUCCUUCUUUGGGAAAAACUCAGAAAUGUUUGGAGGACUGGCUUUGGAGGUCCGCCUGCUACUUUUUCAUGUAAAGUUCUCAUGCACCUGCCGCAGUCCGUGCCAGCUGCAGUCAAGUUUUAUUGUAUUUGUAAAUCUUUAUGCACGUGUUCUGGUAUUGGAAGCUCCAGAUGUGGAAUUUUUAAGUACUUCAGUUUUCAUGACAGUAUGGCAAAGUUUGUGACACAUGACCGUUUUUUGCACCAGUUAAAGGUUCACUAAGUGUUUGUGCUUCAUGUGCGAUCAGUUCGGCCGUUGUGGCGCGCUGUACGCCGACCGGCCGAGAGCAGAUGUUGGCAGUUUUGCACUAAAAAAAGCCGAGUCAGGCUGGUUUUUUUCUUUUUUCCUGUACUGACUUCAGAGGUCCACUUCAGCCCAGUGGUAAAACACAGGGCUGUUGUAACUGCCAGGUAGCACACCACACCCACACGCUGUUUACCGAGAGGAACGGCGGUGUCGCAACACCUGCUCGAUCGUGAAUCCCCGUCAGACACGGCGUCGGAAUCCAAGGAAAAAAAAGACAAACUCAUUCAGCUCCUGUUGUUCCUCUUUGUCAUUCACACAAACUCACAUGAUGCAAACACUUAAGUGACAAAUUGAUCUUGUCGCAACUUGAUGUUUAACUGUUGAGACUUUGUGGUAUUGUCUGAUGAGAAAAAAAUUGUACAAUUCAGUGAACAUUUGCUAUUUUACCAUUGACAACUCUGUGCCAUUUUGCUUCCAAAAAAAUCUACAUGUGAAAUAACUUGUAUGGGGGAUAAGGUGCUCUUUAAUUCUUUUUUUAUUUAUGUGUAUUAUUCUUUCCUUCUUUUCUCAAAAUCAACAUUUAUUGAGCUAGAGAGUACAAUCUAUGAGAACACUAAGGUGAAAAUGUAGAUUAAAUUAUUUUGUAAUGCUGCCCAAAAGAUAGGAUUUAUAGGUAUAUCACUGCCUUCCUAAUAUGUAGCCUCAAAAUCUCUCAAACAUUCUGCUUUGAUAUAAAUGUUGAUGUGAUGUUUCCCGUUGGCUCGGCUCUCUGGAAGCGUUUUUUUUCCCUCAAAAGUGGUCUCUUAAAGCCUCCUGUGUUUAUUUGUGAAACAAAACAAACAAAAAAAGACAUUUUGUUGUCAAAAGUGUCAAGUAUCUUUUCACCAGUGUUUUAUUUGGGAGGAAAGCUAAUGUUUUUUUUAAAAAGAGAGACAGAACCCGCCUUAGCUCUUUUUAAAAGGCGCUCGCUCGCCCAUGCGCAGACUCAGCUUUGCUUUGCUUCGUGGGAAUUUCGCAACAACACACAAGCAUUAUUUUUCCCCCUUUUUAUGACUGAAAGCGACCUUUACGAGUACAGUUUUGAUUCUUUUCAUUGCUCAUGAUAACACUAAAAGCUAGAAGCACUAAUACGCUUUACUGUAGAGCUGUCUUGUUAUGGUUGUUAUGAAAAAAAAAAGCCUAUUUUUUACUUUUAUUUUCAAUACCUGUAACUGUCCUGUUGGAAAUGUAUCAGUAGUUUUUCUUUGGCAUGAAUGUUUGACAUAUGCAGUACGAUCAUGAAACUGUUCAGUCUGUAUUGCUAUUAAGUGCUUUUGAAACAACCAUAUAGCUGAAAUAAAGUCCUCAACGAACCAUGGGACGUUAAAA